AUGCCUGAAAAUGAUGAAACAGGAGAAAGUGAGUGGGAACGAAACAGACAAAGAGAUUUAAAGGCCGCUGAGGUACAGACAAAUAUGGAAUCCAGCACAUCUGUUUUGUAUCACGGCAUCUGUUCCCUCUUCUUCUCACCUCUUCUUCGGUCUCCGCUGCCGCUAAGAUGGAUGCCUCACAGCGGAGAGAAGGAGAACCACGCAGUGUUCCUAUAGCGCUGCAUUGCUGCAAGCUCAUUACAACCCUCCCCUCCAAAAAAAAAAAAAAGGAAAAGAAAUCACUCCCGCCCGCCCUGACUCUCUUGCCAUUCACCCGAGCCUAAAUCUGCCCCCACCCUGGCCUCAGAAACAGCCUCAGCCCGAGCCAGCAUGACAGACAGGCCCAGUUAACAGUCCCUGUAAGCGGAGAAAGAAAGCCGAGCAGAGAGGUAAAAUGACUGGACCGCAAAUGACAGGUGUAGUUAAAAUAGUGAGGCGCAAAAAGGCUGGAGGACAGAGAGCCGGGGCGGCGCUGUAAUAAGCAGGAUGAAGGAGCUCAAGCAUUGCCUGAGUUUUCCUCUCUCUUCCACUAACAUCCUUCCUCAGGCAAACAAAGGGGAAAUAAGAAAAAGUUAACUUUUUCCUUCAGACGCUUCCUCCCUUCAUCAAGUUAUUUAUCUCAUGUCAGUCCUGUUUUGCACAGCUCCUUUCAGCGUUGUUAAAGAAGUGCAAUUGACAAUACACAGGGCAUUUCUAAAAUUUAAGACUUCUAAUAAGAUGCUCUGUGACAGGGCUACUUGAAUUGUAAAUAGGCAGGGGGGAGGCCAUUUUGUUUGGUCCCCUUUGGACUCAUUUAGAUGGACACAGGAGGGAUUUUCCUCCACUGCUGAUCUGCAUCUAUUCUCUGUGCCUUUCAUCCAUUUUCUAUGUUGGCUUUUUUAUCACCGCCUUUCCAUCAAAUCCCGUCCCGCCUCAUGUUUAAAAUUAUCAGCUGUUGGCAGAAUCUCCUUACUGGACAGGGGGGUGGAGUGUUAGGGUAGAGGGACAUUACUGCUUUUGUACAAGCAAAGGACUUGCCAUUUGACAUUUGAACUAUUUUUGUUACUCAUUUGUUUACUGUAAAAUGUAAAUAACAAAAAAAAAAAAACUCAAAUGUAACAUGUUAGCAUGCUGAGAUUAGCUAAUUACUGCUAAAUACUUAAAGAUGGGGCUGACUAACAUAUCAUCUGUUUGUAUGAAUCAAAUAUGUAUCAUUUUGCAUUUUCACUGCAUGCAUGUAAAGCAAGCAGCCAGUGUUUAUCUGAUGUCCACCAUCAGUUUAAUGCUGACAUGGUAGUUUAAUGAAAAUUCGUGGCUGAAACCAAAAACCGAGAAACCAAGGCCGAAAACCAAAACACCAAAAUAAACUAUUAUGCCAAUUACUUGUAGCUACCAUUGCAAUUAUGGCUCUGACUAUGUACUAAUCUCACUGAAAUCAAGGCAUUGCAAUUUUAUAAAUCAAUAGCGGGAGCUGAACAUGAGUUUGCAUAUGUUUGUUUAUACGCAAACUUGGAGGGACUUUCCUGCUUUUUGCAAAGUUCUCAUAUUCAGAAUGGCGAUCGGUAGGGAUGUUUGGAUAUCAGGUGAUGAAUUAAACCCGACAUGAAGCAUUACACGCUAUGCUAAUCACUAUCCAUAGUUCGCAGAAACACCGAAAAACGCCCACACGGCAGACAUGUUGUCUCUUUUCCAGACAAACGUGUACUGGUCACGGUUUUUGCUUGCGCCAUCACAACAUCUGUUUUGGCGUGUUGUUCCGGUGAGAAAAGUGUUUCAGCUGAAAAUGGCCCAAAAGUGCAUUUUCGGACGAAAAUUUUCAGUGGCUGAAUUUUCAGUGCAUCCCUAGUUUUUAAUGAUUAAAAAUGAAAGAUAUUUGUACCUAAGUGGGAGCAUUAGGCUGUUUCUGCAACAGAUCAAAGUUAUGCUGUUGGUUAGACGUGUUCCAGUGAAGUUGUGUAAAGAGAGAUAAUUGGCACCAUUUCUGUAAGUAAAAUCAUCACUAUUUAGAAAAACAGACAUGAAGAAUGACAAAAAAUGCAAAGAAAAAACAAAACAAAAAAAUAAAACAUAAGUGCUGUAAUUGGUUAUCAAGUUAUUCAAGUUAUUUUAAAAAUUGUAAGAAGUAUUUGCCCUGAUUUUCACAAUCGAAAAUAAACUGGCAUAAAAACAUCAAUAAAAACCCAAACUUUCCAAAAAUAAACUAACUUUAACUAACAGAUUAUAACUUAUUACAAUGCCUUAAUGCAGUGUGAAUAGCUUUCAGAGGAAUAAUACCAAUGUUUUACUUUAUCAAGAGCGAUCCUGUCUAAAAUAAUCGUUUUCUCACUCUUCCUUUUGCUCACCCUCCCUGACUCCGUCUGCACCGCCUAUCUGAUUGGUAUUAACAGGAUUAUCAAUGCUGCCGCCAUAAUUAGGAGUAACACACCACAAUUACUGAUUUAGAUCAUAGGGAUUAAAUUUCAUUAUUCAGAGCUUGCUUUGAGGCAGUAGGUCUGAAGUGUUUUUAUCAUAUGGACGCUGUUAAUUUUCACAUAUCACUCAUAAGACACUUCCACCAUUUAAGACUUCUAGUGGCGGUUAAUUGCUCACUCUCCGCCCACAUUAAGCUGUGCAGAUAUGCUUUCUGUACAUGUCAGUCGCUUAGGUCUACAAGCUGUUCUAACCUGAGUGACAGUGAAUCCUGCUGUUGAGAGAGCUUCCUUGUAUUACUGACAUAUACAGAGAGUAUGGCCAUCUGGAGGAGCUAUAUUUAGCAGGUCCCCAUGCAGAAGAGGAACAUCUGUCUUUAUCAGUGGUGGUUAACUGGCUACAGGAAACCCUGCACAUGUAAUUCAUGCAAUAUUUAGAUGAGAGGGUCAGAGUGCUCCUGUGGGGAUGGAGACAGUCUCUGAUGCACAGACUGUAUGAUUGACCUGAGCCUGCUCUGUGCCGAGAGGUGCCAGCUCUGAUCUCUUUAAAGGACGAGGAGAGACACAGGAAUGUCAUGAAAUAUCUCCCCCAUCUGCUGAUGCGGUUCUUCUGACUGAUAAAGUAAUGACGCAGCAGGACAGAGUGGGGUUCAGAGACUGUGAUAGAAACAGGGAUUAUGAGAAUCAGUAGUAAUUUUGACACACAUUUGUAAAACUUAUGUGGUUUUCCCUAUGAUCCGUACGUCACCUUCGUCCUCAAAUUUAAUGCUAGUCUACUCUUGGACUUUUUUUUUUUCAUUGGGAAAUGGAAGACCUUUUAUGUGUAACAGAAAUCAUUUGUUUUUUCUCUUCAGAUUGAAAUACAGUUUUUCUCCCAGUUAGUUGUCUGUCAAAAUGCAGAGGACAUUGAAAAAAGAGAAAACAGUGUAUGCAUUUUUGGUGGGACCAUUAAUGCUAGUCUAGUGAAACUGCAUCUAAAGACUUGUAGGUUUUAUGGGAUGAACAUCUCCUUGCUGGUUCUACAUUGUUCAAGCCUUAUAGAGUUGUUAAACCAUCAUAAAAAGCAUUUGAGAAAUAAAUGUUUAUAAAUUCAAUUUGUCUCAAUUUAGAUUUUUUUAGCUGCAUGUGCAAAUUUUGCUUUCGUGUGCAAAGCAGUGUUUAAUUUGCUUUUGCUUGAUUGUCAGCCACUCUGCCAUAGUUAACACUAAUUCAGUGUUGAUCAGUCUUUCUUUGCCAUUGACUUGUCUUUUCUUUGCCUUUUUGUAAUUACCACUCCUGCCCUAUCUGGUGCCGCUUAAAAAAAAAAACAGAAACAAAGCUACCUGAUUGGCCGAUGAAUCGUAACAGCGUGACGCGUCAUGCAUUGUUUGCGGAAGCUACGCUAGUGCGUUGGGUCCAUGUGACGGAGUGGCGGCUAUAACAAAGCAGACGCCUCUGUGAGCUGGCUGACUGGUGGAUGUAAUUGUAUAAAACAAGGUUCACUUGCAAGGCUGAAAUUAGCCCCAAAAGGGCAAAACAAACGUAAAGAAUACCCUGUAUGUCCGCCAUCGUUGUUGUUGUUUUUCUUUUUAAAUCGCAUGCGCGAGCUGCGGUUUGACGUCAUCGAUCCGUAAAAGUUCAACCACACAAAUCCACUUAUACCGGUAUUUUCUUAUUUCUCAACUUGUUUUUUCGGAUUCAGAUUUAUCCGGUUUGAGUGCUCCAAACUCCUGUUUUGGUGUGGUAGGGAGGCCUAAUCGGACAUAAAUAUGUGCGGUUUGAAAUAUAUCCGCAUUCCUGUAGUUGGAGCCUUAGAGGACCAAGUCAGAAGUAUGGGCAUAUUAUGGGUUUUGUAGGAACACUUGGUUAAAGACAGUAAUUUUGUCUAGAUAUGGUGAAAUGAUGAAAACAAGGCAUUGUUUGUGCUAGUCAACAGUAUCAAAAAUGCCAUAAUCAAUGCCUUUGAGUGCAUUUUUUAAAAUACCGUGAUAAUACGGAAAACCAUGACCAUCCCUGUUAACAAUGUCUCCAAGUGUAGCUGAUGGUAGCAGUAGUUUUCACAAAUAAAGGUUACAAUGUUGAUCCAUUUGAUUAUUUAUUAUGCUCAUUUGUGACCAUGAUGUUUCUUUAUCAUUUAAAAAGUCCUUAAACCUUUGCCCUCACACUUUUACAAACACAACUUUUCAAUUUUUUUCCCCCCAAAACUGAAAAUAGCCAUACACUAGGAGGCCGAUCAGCAGAGAAAAUGUCAGUAUAAAUGAUUUUAAAAGUGUUUCUGUAAAGUUCCACUGGGGAUACAACCUCGACCCUUUUAGACCAAUAAUCUGCCCACAAAGGCACUUUAAUGAUACCUGCAUAAUAACUUGAAACUAAGGGAAUAGUCCCUGGCAAAAUCUGGGAAGACCAUCUUUUUUCUCCCGCUAAGUUAUCUGCUAUUGUGCAGCAAUGGCUCCAUUCAGAAUGCAACAUUAUUUAGAAAUGAAGCCAAUAACCCGUUAAGAUAUAUGAAACUCAUUUGUGAAAUGUUUGAAAAAUUGCUGCCAGGGGGUUGUGGAUGAAUGCGGCCUCAGGAGCUGAUGCUUAAGUCUGAGACAGAGGAGGUAAAUAUUUCAAAUAAUAAUAUCACCAUCAAAUCAUUUGCAAACUUAAAGGGCACACACACACACACAAACACACCCAAUCUCCCAGGCUUUGAAAUGACAGGAUAUAAAAAUGCUGUCCUUCAUGCUCCGCAGCUGACGUCUGAUAUUUCAUCCUUGUUGUUUUAUUAAAGAUUUAAACCAGUUUACAUCCCCAACAAAUACAAAUUAGCCAAUUUCUCUGACACCCUCUCUGAUCUAAUGGGGAAAAUAUGAAAGGGAAAGGAGAGAGGGAUGGGAGGAAGAACUGAGAUUGAGAUGCUUUAUUAUUCUUCUGUAUGUGAAUUUAAUACAUUUAGAGAAAACAUAAUUCUAUUUUAUUGUUAGCUUUUGUUCAAUAUGACUCCCUGGAACAAAGAAAAAGUAGGAAGACUGUUAGUUCACAAACUUUAAGAAUAACUCAUUUAUAUUUAACAGCUGAAUGUAUGCCUAUCUUUAAUUAUUCUUUUAAAAUACACUAAAACAUAUCGGAACAUAUUACAAUGCACAUUGUUAGUAUUAAAAAUAUUGUUGAACAGAAUUUAUUCCUCAGGUCAAAGUACAAUCCGUCUUAAUACGUAGGGGUCUUCCAUUCACUUCACUCUUAGCUAGUGUGUCUGUUGACUUCUCGCCAUAAUGUUGUUUUAAAUCUUAGAUUUUUAAAAUAUAGCUUUAAUAAUGUUUGGAGCACACAGGUACAAAACAGGAAUAAGCUGGAUAAGAUUGUUCAAUUUAGAAGGGAGAUAACUGAGAAACAAAUGUGCAGAAUCUCUUUUCUGACAGACCGGGAAGUAUUCAAGAUCACAACAGACCCACUUUGACCCCUUUUGGUCUGAAUGGACACUUUUACACACUUUUAUCUAAAGAUUAAACAAUACAUCACAUCCUGUGUCCCAUGUAGCAUUCUGCUGUUGUACAAACUCCAAUACCAUCUGAACUAGGGCUGGAAAUUUAAUGUCAUUUGGCCCAUAUCAGUAUAUUCUGUAUCAAAAAAAUAAUUAAAAGUUGUUUUUAGAUAUGUGUAGGUAGGCUAUAGUCUCAUGUCCCUUUAAGACGCCGUCCUACGUUGGAGGCGUGACUCCUCCCCAUCCAGUCUGUAACAAAGAGGGAAAGACAGGUGAGGAGAUGGAGGAGGGUUCAAAAGUUGUAGUGGCUGGAGCGGUAGAGAAGUAAAAGUAGACGAAGUUAAUGUGGGAGGGGGUGAGCAUCUUGUGGAGUUGUUAUCGUCCAUUUAUCGUUAAUGAGGUGAACUGCUCCGUAUAUCAUGAUUGAUUUGAGGCCAUAUCACCCAGCCCUAGUCUGAACUUUGUCUUAGUCAUUUAUUUAUUUAUCUAAGACUCAGUAAAGGAAAUUAAUAAAGGAGUGGUGGGUGAAAAACACUCAGAAAUUCUCCACUGAAGUAUCGUACUCCUCCUUCUGUAGUCGAAACUUUUCCAUUGACGACUCGUGCUUUUGUUUUAUCGUCUGCACUCACUAAUUUCUCUCUCAUUUCUGUCGUGAGCUUCAAUGUCCCCACAUCCUCAAAGUCAAUCGAUUAUCUCUAAAGCUGAGGUUCUUCCUCUCAUCUGAGACACAGAGUAUCUAUCCUUGGCUUUCUGACCUGGGCCAACCCCUGCCGCCUCGCUCCUGUGGCUCCUUCCGAACUUUGAUGGCGGCAUCCAUAUCCAUGUCACCGGUCUGACAUACAGUGUCGGUCCUGCAUCAAUAAACAUUUGGGGAGGGCAGAUUUUUUCGAGGCUGAAUAAUUUAUAGCGCAUGAUUAGAAACUUUAUCCUGAGUGGAGGAUCUGGUUGCUUGUAUGUUUGUCUUGGAUCUUUACAAUAAAACAUGACCCAGUCUGAUUAGAAAGUCUGGCUGGGUGUGUCUAAGAGUGAGUGUGUGUGUGUUGUAGACAGUGAUGUGUAGGUUUUAGUUUUGAUCUGGAGAAAGAAUUUUUGCAGAGAUGGUAAAAAAAAAAAGAAAAAUUAUUAGGACAUCACUUUUUUUUUUAUAAUAAUACCUGCCUUGUUUGCUUCUUUCACUAAAGACGACAGAAAACUGGCAAUUUCGGUCUGCUUAAUACAACAUGUUGUCACGCUGCUCACUGAGACAUCCUUCCUUUAAUUAUAGUUGAGAGAAAAUUGUCAGAUUGAAGAGAAGCAGCUCUGUACAAUUUAAUGAAUCACUAUCAGUUGAACUGAAUAUUAUUUCUUCAAAAAUAUGAACAUUGUUACCGCGCAUAACAAUUUAUUAGAGUCGGAAAAACAAGAAUUACUAACAACAGUGAUCUAAAAAAUAUCUAAUAAGUACCAGCCUGUCAAAUAUAAUUGAUAUGUGAACUUAAUAACCGCACUUUGUGAUAAAUCUUUUAAUCGAUGCUGGAAACUGUACGUGUGCUUUUUUUAGUGGAGUAGAGUUAUUGUUUAGUAUAUGUCAAGCAGUUUAUUUCAACAACUUACUGAGCUUGAUCUUACAAUAGCAAACUCACUCACCGGGGUGCCAGCAGUGAAAAAUCAAAACAUUUCUCUUGACGGGGAAAAUAAAAAAACUUAAAGCCAUUAUCUUUAUUCAAAAUGUGCAUCUGAACCAACAAUUUCUGGUUAUUUUUCUUCUAAAUCUUCGGCAUCAGCAUCUGAAAAGAAGCCAAACUUUAACUUUCAAAGUGAUGCAUCCUUCGCCCUCCCAGCGGCGCGCUAUCUGUGUAACAAAUUGCAGAAGAAUAUUCUGCGUGUUCACAAUCGGAGUCCUUUCAGUUUGACAGAGGCAGAUGUAAAGCAGCGUUCUGACUGUCCUUCACUGCCGCUUUUCUUUUGUGCGUCAGAGGGACAGGAGGAGCGCAUCAUGAACUUCUCAUCAUACAGUAGCGAGUACAAGAGUGUGUGUUUGGGGUUGGGGGGGGGGGGGGGUGUUAUGUUCAUUAGCACAGUCAAAGUGCCUGGAGGCAUACGCAGAGAAGGAGUGAGUGAAGGAGGAGAGCACUGGAAGGAGGGGAGAGAGGGAGGGAUGGGGGGGCUUGUAUGGAAAUUGACCAGUGUGCUGUAACUGUUCAUCUGGUGUAGGCCCCUUUGAAGUGAGCUGUUCAACAUUGCAGCCGGCCUUGUUCUUGAUAAUUGCCUAAAUGAUCUCAGUGGAGCGCAGGGUUGUGUUACAACUGAACUAAUCCAGGGGCAACCCCGCUGAUUUGACAGAGAGCUCUUCGCUAUGUCAGCCCCCCCACACCCCCACCCCCUCUUCCUCCUCCUCGCUCAGACAACAGCCUAUCUUCCAUUCUGUUUCGUCUGUUUAUUGGACUAACACAGUAGGGGGUGUCAUGGUAGUGAUGUGGGUUCUGGAGGCAUGGAGUUGUUUUGGAGGUGGGGGGCGGGGGGGUUCUGUUUGUUGUAAGGAUGAUGGCCUCUGUGCUCCCCAAGCUUAGCCACACGCUUAACCCGCACUCCUUGACAUCGUAGCCUCAACUCGGCCUCCAUUGAUAUGCAAAUACGCAGCGGCCCCAUUUGCAAAUGAGGGAGGAAUAAUUAGUCAGGAGCACUUAGCAACAACAACAAUAAUACACGCGUCUGAUCCAGGCUGAGCUGCUUCUUUCUUUGUCAUUUGAGCUGCUGCUGGCAAUCAGACAAGUCAGCCCCCCCCUCCACACCCCCCACCUCCAACCUCCUCCUUUUUUCCUCCACUGCAGCGCCAGAGACACUGGUGGGUGGUGGGGCAUCCACAACAAGUACAGUGUUUGGCCUUUUGGAGCCUCAGCAGGGUUUAGGGAGCCAGUGGAGCAUGGAGGCCAAGCAGAGCCCUAGGCCAAGAGCAGCGAGUACAGAGCGCAGCCUGGGUUGGAGACCUCAACGGUAUGCAGGGGAAGGUCAGAGCAAAGAAUGAAACCGGAGAGGAAGCGAUGUGGAUACCCCGAGACCUGAGCUUUACAGGUCCUGGAGGAAGAAAGAGAAACCGUCACACACACGUCUGCGAGAAAAGGCGAGGCUUAAGUGGGAGAAUGAAAGUUCAGAAUCAGUGAUGAAAGUGCUGUGUUAAUGUUUGAAGACUGAGAGUUAGAGACAACGCGAGCCAAUAACGAAGAAGAGAAAGUUGAUAGAAACAAAUGGCUGCCUGCUGAAAACAACCCCAUGUCGGGAAUGUGACUGAGCACUCUGACUGGAAAGAAUAGAUUAUUACGUCCAAUUUACAUACAGCAGCGGUGCUUCAAAGAAGGCGGGUGUCAUGUUAGAAGUUUGGUGCCAGGCGUAAUGAAGAGCCCCCCUCCCACUGUCCCAGGACAGGCCCAGUGGCAGGGUAUCAGGUAGACUAAGGUCCUAUAUAAAAGCGGCCCCUAUGAAUUAUAAAUCAUAGGCCACUGGAGCCACAGCCUGUGGGAUACAGAGGGAGUAAGAGGGACUGUAUUCCCGGAACAAAGGACAGUGAUUGGGGGGAGGUGUAGAAGUGGUGGCUUACUGUCAGACAGGAAAAGUUAAAGAAGAGCAGUGAUUUUGACGGUGCGGUGCUGUAAAAAGUGGUGACAUUCAGACUUUAAACACUCUGUCCUUUCAGUGUGUUUUUGCAUAUAUACAUUUUUUUCAUCUCUAAAUGUAUAAAAAUAUUUUCCACAUGUGUACUCUACCUCAUGGCAAAGCAAAAGGGGGGAUUAUGUUACAGUAUACUUUCUCCACCCUUUUUGUGUAUAAGCACACACACACUCACACACAAUCACACACACUGUCACACACAUACAUGCAGAGAAGUGCAUGUGUUCUACUUUCUGCUUUCCUUCAUGUGAAAAGAUUUCUGAAGCAGUCGGAGUUUUCUGGUCCUCCCUAUUGGUCAGUGGGUGGAAAGCCUGGUUCAGUCAGAGGUGAUUGAAUAGAAAUAUUGUUUUUUUUUUUCUUCUUUUUUUUGGGAUGGGGGUAGGGGGGGCAUGCUGAUGAAAGGUUGAUUGAUAUGGUGUCAGGUGCUCUGUGAUGGAUUAAAUUGUGUGUGCAGACGUGGCCCUGGCCAGUCAUGGCUGUUGCUGCCUUUUCCGCCAGCCACUGCUGCGGCAGCUUUAAGAAAAUUUGAUUUUCGCAGCUCAGAAACACACGGCAGCCCCUUUCUCUCCGCUGCCUGACUUCCAUUUAGUUUGAGAGUGCACAAGUGAUUCUUUAUUGGAUGAAAUCUGCGCCGGAUUGGAUAAAGUGUUAGAGCGCUGAGCCAUCUAUCACUAUCACCGCCCCAGCUCCAGUUUCAUUUUAAAAGAAAAGAAUAAAAGCUGGAAAAAAACAGAAAGGAAGAAGAGGAAAAACAGACAGCCAUAGGAUGUUGGAGAUUUGAAAAUUAACUGUGGCAAGGAAAAAAAAAGAUCUAUCCUCCAACCACUAAGCCUGUUUCCUCUAGUGGAGGAUACCAAGCUUUUCACUGUGGAGAUGCUUCCAUGACUCACUACACUCUCCAGCUCUCAGUUCUUAUGUCUACUGACCAGCACCAGCUCUCACCUGUUCACACUCAGCUACAGAGGUCCAGACAGUUUCACUAAGAUGUUGCUCUCCACCUUGUAUGAUCCGUCACAUAUUUCUGACGUCUUGUGGUACUCUUACAAAUAUCGACAAAUAUUUUACCGUUAUCAGGCUGAGAUGACAGGGAUGGGCAAACAUUUAAAAGAUUGAAUAGUUCAUGUGACAAUGUUUUUUUUAAGUCUUUUUUUUUUGGCGAUUUUUUGCCCUUAUUUGAUUGGAUAGAUUGGAUCGGGGCCAGAUUUGAACCUGCAACCACUGCGGGGGAUGUGGUUCCCAUACAUGAGGCGCACUAAUCUGCUUGGCCAUCUGCAUGCCCCUGGUUUUGUUUUUAACAAACAAACAAACAAACCAUAAAAAAGCGUUUUACCUGCACCUGGAAAUCAUGCGAUAACACGAAAUGUUACGCCAGUUGACGCUGCAAAUCAUGCAAACAGCAGAAACAUGCAUCAAAAAGUUCUGUAAGGAGCUCCUUCAAAAAAACAAAAUAAACGGAAAUGAAGUGCAAACUCUGCACGGUUAAACUAGCAUAUCACAUCUCGACAACAAGUACGCACAGCCAUUUGAGAGCAUGGUAUGCAGCUGAAAGUGGGGUGUUGUCCGCGGAUCAACAGUCAAUGGCACGCUUCGUCACCCAAAGUAGUAAGUUUGAUGGACAAAUAACGACCCUCGAAUAAUGUUCAAACAGUUACCAGCAAAUAUCGAAUAGCGCUCUUGCCUGAGAUGCCCAUCCCGAUUGGAUGAGAAGCGAUACUAUUCUAACCUGCUACUUUGAAAUCACAGUUUACUGGCAUGCGCUUGUUAGAAUCGCUCUCAUUUUUUUUCCUCAUAUUUAUCAAGUGCUCUUUUUUGUAGUUACGGUAUAUUGUUGGAAUAUGUACAGCUCACAAAUGAAAAACUAAGACAAAGAUUUUAAUUCUUGAAUUUUGCUUGCACUCUUCUUGCAGGUGACUAGUUCAAUAAAAGCCUUGUCUAUCGGUGUGCAUCAUACAAGUUUAACACAUAUUAAAUAAAAGCUCCAUUAAAAAUUUAGAGUCUGAUACUUGCAUUAAAAAAGAAUCAACAUUUGCAGAGCUGUGACAUAAUAAUGUUGGUUGUGGACGUUGAGGAGAAGUUGGAAAAAUAGGUUGUUGAACUUUUGCAGUCAAGUCAGCCUAAAUGUAUCGAAGUAGCAGCGUAACAGAGCCUCUAAACUCACAACCCCCCGCCCCACCGCGUAUAUAUGUGACUUAACAGGCCUGCAUCUGCGGUCCAUCUUCCCCCAUCCCAUCAAAGCUCAGUCUGCACCUGUGAAUUAGUCCAACUUGUUUGUUUGUGCACAUCUGACCAUCUUUUUUCCAUUCAUUUUUAAACACAAUCCCUCAUGUCCCCCUGUCUGUCCAUUAGUGCUCUGCAGCAUAAAGCAAAUGGCCGUGAAUUUACCUCAGGGCGAUGCAGACGAGAGCAUCAGCAGGACAGAAAAAAGAAGAAGAAGAAGGAGGAGGAGGAGAAGAAAAGAAAAAGAGCUGGGGGAAAAAGGCGGCAAAAAUUGUGAAACUCCUAUGUAUUUCAUUUCUCCUUACAUAAUUCAUUUUGAAAUGCAUCUUGGAUGAUGUAAAUCUGUUCAGAGGCACCCUCUGUUCCAAGCCUUUACCCUUAAAUGUCUCUAUGGUUAGAGUGUCCUGAGGCAGUUUGGACCCGCCAAACCCCCCACCCCAAGCCUUAAUAAAUCAUUAUGGAGCAGAGCCGCACUUAUCAAGCUGGUCGGAGACCUCUAAUGAGCGCAGGGACCAGGACUCCGCACAGGCCCAGAAAUAUUUUAUUAAGAGCACAUUUAAAACACACACACUGCUCAGGAUGUAUGACCGCAUUGGUGAGCUCCCUGCAUCACAUCUGCAUCAUAAACAGCAGGCCCGAGACCGCAGCCUGGAUGUGAGAGCCUCACGUUGUUUAAGCUGCAGCGGCCGCUGUCUUCCAGUCUGACUCCUCUUCUAGCUGACGCUGAGUGCCCUCUAUGGAGCGCUUGGGUUAUUUCCUGGAUCCCGAUGGCUCCUCUGGGGCCUCAUGACCUUUGCUCUUACGCUCUAGUUAUGAUGGCCCUUCAGAGAUGAGAACAUAUUCGCAAGUCAGACUCAGGUCGUCUUCCUGAAUAAUGGUCUGUGGCUUCUUUGUUUCUAUUGUUCGGUUCAUGUCGGGUUAAAUUCGCUCAGUUUUGACACAAACCUUGAGUUUGUCUCUCCUCACUUUGGAACAAAAUAUUAUGACAAUUAAAUACAUCUCUCUAUAAAGAGGGCAAAGGUUGUUUUAUUGCUUUAAAAUGUCUGAAUAGCUUAAACAGAUUUGUAACUCUCGCUAACUUUUCUUCUCCGACAUCUUUAUCAAAUAAUACGUUUUAACCAUCACUCCUUUUUUAAAACAAGUCCACGUGCUUAGCUCAUGCAUUUUUUCCUAAUGAAUAAACUCAAUUUUAACCACUAAGUAUGUAAAAAAAGAGAGCGAGCUCUAAUAAAGAGAUCAGUCUGGGUAAGGCCAGUCUUUUUUGAUUCAGCUCGACUAUCUUCUAAAGAAAUGCUUAGCCUCUCAGCUGUGAAUCCACCAUUGAAAAUACCUGACCUAAGAUAAUGGCAAGUACAUUGUUAAUGCAUCAUUAUUUUAAUAAGGUGGAAAAUUACUUACACCUCUGAACAAAGUCAGAAUGAGCAAGGACUCACUGACAGUAAUAAUAAAAGGUAAGAAAGUCUUCUUUUAACUUUCCAACAUCCAAGACAGAAGAAAACUAGUGAGAGAGAGAGAGAGAGAAAAUCUAUUCACUGUUGUUUCAUCUGACUCUUUUCUUCCUCGGCACAGAAACACCCGGCUGAUUAAAGAUGACUAAAAACUAAAACCGACCGAGCUACAUACCUCUUCUUCUUCUUCAACUUUUAUUUUUAAUGGAAAAUCGGCCCCGAGCUCGUUUACUCAGGAACAGAGGGAUAUAAAUGUUUUAAAAUUUAACCAAAAAAAGAAAGAGAAAGGGGAAGAAAAUGGAAUGGCAGAAGGAAAGGAUAGGUAAUAAGAGAAAGAUUUUAAUCUAAAUAAUUCAUAAAAACAGUCCUUCAAUCCGCUUUUUUUCUCUCUGCUGACUGGUGUUUGAUGAAGAUACAGAUUUUCUCUCUGCUGGGCUCCAGUGAGGUAAAUGCUGUGUGGUAAAGAUGGGCCUCUGAUAAGGCCUAUAUAUGAGACACUUACCACAGGGAGAGGGAAAAACGGCAUUACAUACAGAGCAGGAGUAGAUCAGAAACCAGGUUAGGAUGGCUGGAGAGGCCUUAAGGGAACGAGGAAAGACAACAACUCAGUCUGGAGCACCGGGGGCCGCAGGGUCAGAGAAAGGUGGGACACCCUUAAGAGCCUCUGUUUGCUCAGAUUAAACUUCCCUGAAAACCAAAAUGUUUCUGUGUGUCAGUAAUGCAGCAAAGUCAAUCAGCUUUACCUUUCCUUACAUUCUAUGUGUUUUAUUUAAUGUUUUUGAUGCGUAUGAUGCUGGUCUGUAAAAAAAAUCUGCAGCCUGAGUGUUGUUAGAGAGCAAGAGAUGAGGAGGAAGAGGAAGAGGGCUUUGCUGCUCUGAGGUACAGCCCUCUGAUCUCCUUUUAAGUUGUAGCCCAGCAUGCUCAGCACCAGAGCCAGUCAGACCUGCAGCCCCCCAGGGUUCAAGUUCUGCUCAAAGGGUUCUCUUCUCUGAGGCUCCUCUGCGUAAGCACCCGGCCACGGCUUCUUUCCACCUCAGUGAUCACACACACACACUCCCCGACCAGCCCUGGCUUGUUGACACUGUGUUUGAGGAAGCGUUCUGUGAUAAUGUCCCUGUAUUGAUCAGCUAUAUCUGUGAUGAUAGCUGCUGGGAGAGCGGCCUGAAUUCAAUCUGGAUGGAUUGGUAAUACUGGAGACCGGCUAGGUGGCUCAGCCUGCAGUCUACCACGGGGUGGGGAUGGAUGUGUGAAGGGGGGUGUGUAGGGAUGGGGGUGGGCUGAGGUUGUUGGGUUAGGGUUCACCAAAGGUGAGAGGCCCUCCCUCCCAUCUGUACUUCUGAGAGUCAAGUUCAACCAGAAGGUCUAUGGGGGGACCGGGGGCCUGGACGCCAUGUCCAUCUGGAUCAAUCUGCAUAUAGAGGCCAGCUGACAGCCCCCUCCUCGUUCAGUGACAGGAGAAGAUGGCUGAAGGGGAUGCUUGAUUUGGGAAAUGUGAUUUUUCUAAGCAGUAGAGGGCUCAACUACUCGCCUUUACAUUUGGUUAACGCAACGCAAAUCGAUUUUCAACAUCACUGACACGACUCAUAUCUCACUAUUUCAUGUAGAUGUGGUCAUUUAUGACUUAACUCCAAAAAAAUAUCCCUAAAGUGGAGUGACAGUACAAACACAGCUUGAAUGCACAACUCUAAAAUUAAAAGGCCUUUUUUCAGAACUAAUCAUUUGGAUCCAGCUCUAAAUUUCACUGUCUUUACUCCUGAUGAAUAAUUGCAAAUAGUUUUUAAGCGUUGUGGGAUUGUGCGUGUGUGUGUGUUUGUGCAGCAAGCAUUCAUUAGAGCGGUGUGAACCCUGUCCUCCCUGAAGAUGCAGAGGCCAGGCAUGCUGCUGCUGCUUCUUCUGCUGCUGCUCAUAUGCAUCUCUUUUAUUUUCUAUUGUGUGUAAUCAUGGCCCCUCUUGCCUCUCAGUGCCAGACUUUUGACCCUUUUUAUUUCUCUGUCCGUUUUCAGCUGCCCCGCCACCUAACAGGCAUAAGACCACUGAACAGAUGUGUAGGGGGGGGGGCAGUGAAUGCAAAUGAGGCCUUCUGAAAAUCCUUUUCAUAGUGUGGAUGACAGGAUGUGAAUAAAGUAGCACACGCCGGGUUGAGUAUACUUUUGCUGGAAUUUGGAAAAAGGACCGUUUUAAAAAUAGUAAAUUCUGCCUCACACUCUUAAAUCACUGUGGGAGUCAAAGGCCACGUGUGUGUGUGCAAGUGUGUGUGUUUGUGUGUGAGUUUGUCCAUGCAUCUUUUAAACAUGCAUGUGUGUUGCAACUGUGCAUGCACGCGUGUGUGUUUGUGUGUGUGUGUGUGUGUGUGUAUGUAUGCGCGUCCCCGGGCUAAACAAAGCAUGCUAAACCUUGGCGGUCCCCCCCCCGUCACUGCAGAGGCCUCAGUGUGUGUGCAUCCGUGUGUGUGUGUGUCAUUGCAAGUGUGUGUGUGAUCAAUCUCACGUGGACCAGUCAUGGUGUCAGGGCAGCAGUGGAUCUGACUCUCUCUCUCUCUCUCUCUCCCUCUCUCUCUCUCUUCCUCUCCCUCUCUCUGUCCUCGUCUUCCGCUUUCUCUCCUGCUCCUCUCCAUCCAUCCUUUCCUCCGACUGUGGGACAGUAGGAGGAGGAGUGCCAGGUCAGGGAGCGAGCCUAUCGAGUGGCCAUCUUUUUUUUUUUCCUUCCUGGAGGAUAAUUAAUGCAUGCCAAGCUGGAGGGCUGAUCCCGCCACCGGACUGCUGCACACAGGUACCCAUGCUGCCCUGCUCUCUCUUUCACUUUGCUGACUGACUGAUCUGCUGACCGGCUCUCACUCAUGCUUUCACUUUUUCACACACACACAUACACUCUCUCUCUCUCUCCCCCCUCCCUCUGUCUCUCUCUCUCUCUCUCACUCUCACUUGUACACACACACACAGUACACAGCAUGCAUGCACGCCCAUUACUGGGUAACUUUUAAUAGUAUUUGCUGCAGUGAAACGAGCUUUCUUUCCCUUUUUGAUCUCCAUUGUGUGGGUUUGCAGGUUUACAGGUGUACAGUUAGAGAGACACGUUUUCUGCUCUGAGGUGGCAAAUGUCAUGUUUUUCAAGUUGAAGUGGGCUGUCUUUACUGCUCUGGGCUGUACUAGGUGCUUCUGCACCUCUGAUCGCCUCUGAUCGACUUUCUCAAAGGUUACAGCGUUCCUCUUUUUCUGUGAUUUUGUGUAUUUGAAGUGUUAUUCCUUGCUGAGAUAAAAACCAAAAUAUGUGGCAAACUGUGUGAUGAUCCUGAAGCAGUUUAACUGUUGGACUGCUUUGCAACAUUGUGAGUUUUUGUACCCUCAGGUGCUUUCUGAAAUGUUUCUACUUUUUUCUUUUUUUUUCUUCUUUAAAUAACGAAUACAUGAAAAUAAGCAAGAAGUAGGCAGGUGGUACUCCUCCUCUUCAUUUUCUUAAAAGCUUUAAUCGUGAAUCGUGAAAAAAAACCCACAUUCACUUUUUAUUUCCCAAACUCUCAAACAAAUUUCUUUAUUUUUGUCUUCUCUGAUAUUAAUGAUGCCUGUGAACACAAAUCUGUGCAUUAUGUUAUAGUCAAGAUUUAAGAGGCAGAAUAUAAAACUGAUAUGAGUCGGAUGCUUUGGUUUCCCUUCAGAGUGAUGUGUUAUUUCAAAGUUUACACCUGCCCAUUACUUGGGAUUGACAGACUGCAUCAGCUCUGAGAUUCCUGUAGGCCAGCAGCUACUUCUCAGGUCUGGAGGAGGAAGGAGGAAAAAGGUGUUUCCUGUAAAUGUCACUUUCAUUUUUAGAUGAUGGGAUAUUUUUUCCAAAUGGUCAGCGAAAGCGUUCCUUGUUGGUUUUUGCUCUGAAAGCUUUGAUUCGGGUCUUUUUUAAGAACUUUUGGUUUCCACCUUGACUCGCCAUGCUGAGUGCACUGCAGUAUCACAUGAGCCUAUAUGAGAAGUUAAUGUAAACUUAAUUUACACGCCAGUCCAAGAGGUUAAUGGACGACAAGUUAACCCCUGUGGCGUUUCCCUCCAAAUGGCCUGCAGCAUUAUGAUAACCUAUAAUCAAUACCACCAAUUACGUGUCAUGCAGAGGCUAUUGGCCAUGACCUGUCUCUCAUCAAGAGCCGGUCUGAGGAAACAGGAUCUGUUGCAGCCUGCAGAUGCAGGAUGUCUCCUGUUGUGAUGUCAUUGUAGACACCUGGGACCAGCGAUCAUCCAUCUCAUAUUUUCUUCAUCCUCCUCUUCUUCUUCUUCUUCUUUGUCUUAGCCCUCGCCUUUUUUUGGUCCACUUCCAUCCCCCAGCUCUUUUUCUUCUUCUUCUUUAUUUUUUAAUUCCUUUUAGUUAUUGUGGUUUGAGCUUGACCAGAAAAAGUUUGAGAAGCUCUUCAGUGUCUCUUCUUUCAUACAUGUUUACAUUUUCCAGAGACAACAUGAGACACUUAAGCUUUUACGGGGAGGAUAAGACUGUAAUAUUCCUUUUUAAAUAUCCAAACACAUUUUAUAAAUUACUCCUCAUUUAAUUUUACAAACCCAAAUCUUUUUUUAAUUAUUAAUGACAUUUUUUUCCCUGUUAGAUAUGAAAUAGAUUAGAUAAAUAUUUAUAAGUAAUACAUACUUGAAUUUCUUGUUUAUUUCUGAGAGCCAGACACCCUUCAUGUUGUGUCCUGAAACCACAUGACUUUGGAAAAUGUGCAGAUCAGCCCAUGUUUAGGCCUCUAUAGAUAAAGCAUAAUCAGCUGUGUGAGAAAAAUCACAGCUGAUCAAAGUAAAUCUUUUCUUAACUGCUAAAAAAGAUAAAUAUGAACUAAACAUGUUUAAAAAAUGAAGAUGCAUGAAUCCUGCAGGCUAGGCUUUAUAUAACAAAUAAUCUUAGAUUAAAAAUUAGGUUAAUUAGGUAAAACCAUUUAGAGCAACUGGUGUUUCUCACCCCUGUAGUCUCCGAAAUUUUCACACUUUAAAAUCAAAUUUGAAAGAAUAAAUAAUAAAUGUACAUGUAAAUGUUGUUUGGGUGAAUUUUUAUUUCUCUACUCACAAAAAAAAAAAAACGUUAAAGUUCAAGUUUUUGAACUUUUCUGCUCUGAAAUUUUAAAGUCGUUGAUUUUCUGGUCAACCAUUUAAACGACCAGCGAUCAAAAAAACGACAUUUUUAAUUAGAGCAAACCGAACAUUUAAUUCUACAAACACAGAUUGUAGAAUAAAAAUGUCAGUUUCUGUAACAUUUUCUUAAAAUUCAUUUUAAUUCUAAUUGUUUACACAUGUUUAUUACCUCAGCAACGAUGAAUAUCAGUUAAUUUUAAUCAAGAAAUCAAAACAAACUUCUCCAAUGUCUUAUUAAAUGUGAACAAUUAAGGUCAAAUUAAGCUUAAUUGAUUAUUAAGAAAAAACUCAAAACGAUAUGACUAAUUUGAUAAUUACACGUUUGUAAUUAUCUUUUCCUCGCGAAGUGGCCUGUUCGUGACAGAGGCAUGUGGACAGCACGCGCUGCUCUCGGUGUCCUCGCGGCUCUGUUAAUGGUCACUGGCUACAGAAGAGACCUUGAACUUCACGGAGGGGGGGCUGGUUGGGUGGGGGUCUCGGAUGCGGGGGGAGGGGGGGUCAGCUGGGAGCCAUAUGCCUUCAUGUGACUGCUGUGACACCCAGAGAGAGAGAGAGAGAGAAAGAGAGAGAGAGGCUGACUGACUCUGGAUCUUGAAUAUUUUUAUGACACCUUUUUUUUUCUUUAUAGCCUGUUUUAUUUAUAUAUUUAUAUAUGUGUGUGUGUGUGUGUGUUUUUUUUUUGACGUAAAUCUGUCUGGUUUAGACAGUGUCCUGCAGAAGUGACAGAGGUGUGUCCAAUAAGAGAGGUCCAGUUUGAAUUCAUUUACAAUCCAAAGUCAUUGUCUCUUCAGUAGCAGAGCUUUUAUUUCUAAAAUGUCCGGCUGAAAUGAAAGGCCUCACAUUGACGCCACACAGUCAGCCUGCUCCUGAUGAUGAUGCUGCUGCUCCUGAAGAUGAUGAUGGUUUCUUUCUGCUGUUGGGGCCUGUGAAAUAUUCCACCCAGAAUGAGGAGACCUGGAGUGUAAGAAGAAUCAAAUGGGGGGCUUAUUUUAGGAUGACUUUCUCCCCACCCUUCCUCACAUUCACUCUCACUCACUCUCAGGCCCUUGUUUGCCCUUCCUUUCGGGGAUAGGAUGGCACAGAGAGCUUACUGUAACCCAUAUAAAUAGAAACACGCCACAAUAAUUAAUUAUUUCGCGUUUUUCCCCCCUAAAUAUCGCACUGAUGGCUCGUCUGCUUUUUCCUCUUACACGGACUAUUUAGUUUCACAAAUGUUAAUUGAUUAAUGAUCAAACCUCCUCGUGAGUAGAUCCAUUUACAUCCUGCAUUGAUGUCUGAGGUUUCUAUUUUAGCUCGACAUCAAUUUGGUCCGUGUAAGACUACAGAUCCCAUCCUCUGUAGCAUUUAUAUGAUAUGUCAGCUCACGCGUAAAACCAUGAAGUCAUGUUUGAGAUCCCUUUGGUGUCUGAGUGACUGAAGGUUAGUCUCUUAAUAAGGAGGCCUAAAUAAACAUUAUUAUUUCUUUCUUUGGAGGAACAGGAGAUGCAGUUAAAGACGAAGGUGAGGGAUGGAUAAAUAAAUGAUGUUCAGUGAGGGGAACUUGAAAACAAACUCAGGUGGGUGAAACAUGUCUGAUUGUGACAGCUCCAAAAUAGGAUUUGUUUGCUGGCUUCUGCGUCAACAAAUAAUUCAAGAAAGGGUGGAUUUUGGAUUUUAUCAGCUAAUAAGAGAGGAUUUCUGUUUGCAUUGAGCUAAAAGAAAAAGGGUUUUAAUCUUUUUCUAAAACAUAAACAAAGGGCCUUUCCUCUAAAUUAUCCCGAUCUGUGUCUCCGAUCGAAAAUCGGAAUAAAUGAAACAUAAAUGUGAGUUUAGGAAUAAAACAAAUUUAGAAUUUCAGAUUUUUACAUCUCAGAAAUCAAACAUGGGCCUGUUGCUCGAACUGAUGGCCUUAAUUGUCGUGUAUCCCUUCAAACAGGUGUCCUAUUAGAAUAUAAUGAAUAUUAAAUCGGCGGAAUAAACUUGUCACAUCUGAUCCGAUCACGCGCCGCAUUCCUUAACAGUUGGCCCGCGAGGCAAUUAAUACAAGCUAUUACCCCGCGAUAAAGCCUAAUUAGCCCCGAUUAGCAGCUAAAAAGAGGGAGGGGGAGGAGGGGGUCGCUAAUUGAAAAUCCUUCAGAGGACGAGAUUGUGUGUGUUGUAGACAGCAGGUCCUUGUAAGCAGCAGCUCUCACUGUUAAAUACCAUUCACAUUCAAAUGAGAGUGACAAAGUUUUGGCACGGAAACAAGCACGCGUCCGCCUCUCCCUCUCCCUCUCUCUCUCUCUCUCUAUCUCUAUGUCCCCCCUCCCCAUCUGCCUGCUCCGCCUUUUGUUAACCUGACACGUGUUUGAAGGGGGCGAGAUUUGGUUAAUUCUGCGCGAGGAUGGCACCGUGCCCGAAACAUAACCCUAAACACACACACACACACACACACACACACACACACACACACACACACACACACACACACGAAAAAAGAUGUCACAUAAAUGAUAUCCCAUCCACUCUUUUCUCCUUUUUCUUGAAUUUUUACAUUUUUUUGUCUAAAUCAAACCACAACAAUUACGCGCAAAAAAGCGCACACAAGAAUAAUCUCUCUCUCUCUCUCUCUCUCUCUCUCUGUGUGUGUGUGUGUGUGUGUGUGUGUGUGUGUGUGUGUGUGUGUGUGUGUCAAGAAUGGACUUUAGAUGCAUUUAAGCUGCAGCCCUGCACCUGUCUCCCUCUUGCUGCAGAUUUUCUCCCCUCCUGCUGCUAGCAAUGAGGACUCGCUCCCUCUCUCUAUGUGUGUGUGUGUGUGUGUGUGUGUGUGUGUGUGUGUGUGUGUGUGUGUGAGAGAGAGAGUGUGUGUGUGUGUGUGUGUUUGUGUGUGACUGGCCAUGCAUGUCAUAUUCGCGACCGAGACACACACACUCUCACACACGCAACCGACGCCUUUCCUGCGGCAUUUGUCUCUUUCUUGUGCAUUAUAGCGAAUAUGUGACCUAAAUAACCACGUUAUUGUCUGUUCCCCCCGCUUUUAGACUUCUCAUAAGAAUAAUCCGUAAUUUUGCACGUUUUGUAGCGCCCCCCCCCCCACCCAUCCCUCCGUCUCCACCGUGUCGCCGUCUUUGAUGAGCGUAAUAUUAACAUGAUAAGGAGAUGUCAAUGAAAAGCUCUGUACCUGACUGAGCAGAUGGCUCUGUGAUGCUGCCUCUAAUGUAAUAUUAAUGCAUGCAGGGCUUGUUUCUUAUCAGGGAAGAUCUCUCCUAAAAUUGUCCUCCACAGGGACCCACUUAGAGUGAAGCACACAUAAUGGAAAUGAUCACUCUUUUUUACCCUGCCUCUGAAAGAUAUCACUCCUUUUUAGACUGGAAGUGAGGAAAAUUUGCAAAGCCUGCUUUCAUUUAGGCCUUGCAUGUAAUUUUUUUGCCUUGCAUAAGCAUAUUUUUUACGUUGAAUUUGAUGCCUGUUUCAUACACAUUUACUUUAAAAUUUCUGUAAAAAACCUGAAUUGAUAUAUUUAAUAAAAUGCACCAUUUUGUCAACGACUCCAGUUGAAAUUUAAGAGUUAAAAAAGAAAUUAAAUUAAAGCAAAUCCAAAAAUUUGUGAAUGGAAUUAAUCUAAAUUUUUUGCUUUUAAAAUCUGAAUAUUUGAACCAAAUAUAUAUAUUUUUUAUUUUUGGUAAUUUAAUUUUGCAUUCAAACAAUUGCACAAAAAGAAAAAUCUGCAUUUUUUAAAAUAUAUUUUUUAAAAUUUUGAAUUGUAAAGUAGAUUUUGAGCUGUAAGGAUUUCGAGUCCAGGAUAGUUAAGAUGUAUUUAAACAUCUCUGGUUGUCAGUCGGAGGUAUUGAUUGUGGGAUUAUAAAGGUGUAAGUGAAAUGGAGUGUUGAUGCGUCUGCCCCUGCGAACACACAGGACCCCGAGGAUAAUGAGGCAUAAUGCUGCAUGAGACGGGGGCUCCUGCUGAAUAAAUCUCAUAUUAUACCCCGAACCAAGUGAACAUUCUCCUGGGGGCCACAAGGUCAAGUCCACGACCCCUGACCCCGCUGAGUCUGUGUCUGGAGAGGAGGUGAGACAGAGACUGAACAUGGCUGCUGUUCCUCCUGCUGCUGCUGAUGAUGAUGAUGAUGGUGAAGGAAGUGACUGGGACCUGGUUGUUGUCUCCUGUCCUCAGCACUGCUGCUCCGGGCUCGAUUUUAGCCAACAGUCCAUCUAUUAUUUAUCAGACUUAUUAAAAGUUAUUUCAGAGCCAUCAGGUCCUGCCAGAUGACCUGAGAAAAAAAAGGGGGGGGGGGGUCCUGAGUGGCCAGACAGACUGGAAAAUCCAAAUGGACACAGUGGAGCUGCUAAAACACACGGGCUCCAAACAAACAGAAAACACUGUCUGCAUUAUUAAGAGGUGCAUUCACUAUAAGAGAAAUAAGAGCUCUUCAAUAUUUCAGAAGCACAAUCUCAAAUAUAGAUGAAUGUUUAAUUAAAGACAACUUUUGUCGUGGAGGUAAGAGGAAACUCAAUAAAAGCACAAAACAAGGAAACAGAUUUUAAUCCGGUCUAUGAAAAAAACCCAAAUUUUAUUAUACAAGCAAAACCUGAAUAUUCAAACUUAUUUUCUGAUUUUUCUUACAAAAAUAUAGACAAAAAUUUAUUAUAUUUCAAACUAAAUUAAGCUUCACAGUUGUUAAUCAUAAAAUCUGAAUAUUUAAAUGUUUUUUUCCAGUAAAAUCCUCCAGUUUUUUUUUACACAAAUGAAACAAUUAACAAAGAAUAUUUCAUUUUCAAACCCCCUCAAUAAAAUUAUGAAUUUCAUCACCAAUUAAAUCAGGAUUCAUUUCAAAUAUAUAAAGGCUUAUCCGUCUGAGACUGACUUAACCUGUGCCUUUGACCAAAGUCUGUGCACACUUUUGAAUAUUCAUAUCUCUCCGUUGUUGAAGAAGCGUGACAUAACCUUUUCCCCCUUAAUGUGAUGUGUGCCCAUGCACUUCCCAGCUGUGUCCAGAGAGGGCGGGUCUAAAGUGGGGGAUGGGGGGGGGGGGGGGGCAGGGGGAGUUGUACUGCGUAUGGAGCAGGAGCUGGCCGAGGCAGAAAGGUCAGGGGAGGCAGGAGACAGGCGGGCUGGCCGACUGCUAACGCUUUGAACCUAACAGAUGGUGAAGGUUAGGUGACGUCCCCCUUGCCUGGCCUUUCCUCAGUAAUUGAGGAUAAUUUGAGCACCAAAGAGCGCAGGCCUGUCCACUGUCAGGCCUAGAGAGGAGAGACGAGGUUAAUAUGAAAAUGAUUUUGCAUUACGGCCGGCUUUGUGAGGCUGGCCGUGGUCCUAAUCCUGGCCCGAGGCAGCGGGAAUGAAGAAGUGUCACCCUGGGUCCAGGCGCCACGCCACGCACAUGAAUACAUCUCCAACCCAUAGCCCUGUGCCCCCCAUUAACCAGCACUCUGCCAGGACCGAUUACACACUCCCACUCAGGAGCUGACCAGGCUUUGGGGCAUUUUAGGAAGCCAUAGGAGUGAACUGACAUCACCCCGCAUCUCGGAGGAACAAAAGAGGUGCAGAGAGGCUGUGCCAUAUCAGUGGGGAUUUUCACCCCUCGCCACAGCGACUGUAGCUCAGUACAACGCUUACUCUUUCGCUUACUAAACUUCCAUCAGAAGCAUUUUUUUUUUUUUUUUGGAAGUUGUCGAAAUCCUUAAAACAUAUUUUUGCCUCAGAAAAACUUGAGAAAUUUAACCGCAAGUCGAAUCUUUUAUUUCGUGUGACAUUAUUUGGGAAAACGGGAAGUGACCAGAACUUCUCCACAACAACAAUAACACGAGCUCGACAAGUUUGCAACCGUGGGACCAAUUCUUGUCCAGAAAGUUUCCUCUUUGGUGCAAUGAAGUCAUUUACAACUAUUGAUCUAAUAGUCAAACAGGGCAUGUUAACCUGAAGAGCCUUGGAGGGGGUUUGUGGGAAAAUGAAGGAACCCCUGAGACUGUCUCGUAAGCUGGAGCGCGACACAAUGGACAGAGAUGUAAUUUAAAAUGUUAGCUGCGGCCUGGGCCCUUUUAAAAACUGAGUGUUGUGCUGCACUGCUUCCUCUAUCUUUUCUUAAAGUUAAGGUUUAAUGUUAAAUUUUAUUGGCUUAAAAUAUGUGAUUUAUAAAAACUAUUGUAAGUCAUUGCAGUAAACAGAAACACACUUGGAUAUUUAUAAUGGUAAAUUAAUCUAGAUGAACACGUUGUAUAAAACUUCUGGAAGGUAUUUGUUGUUAUUUGUCAAAUAUCAGGCUUUAGAGAAGGAUGUUUUAAAUAUUUAACAGUAAUUAUUUAAUAUUUUAAUAAGUGAAUUAGAUUUUAUGAGCAGAGAGAGACAAAAGCUUCAAGUUUUACCGUGAAUAAAAUUGGCCUCUGUGUAAAAAAGAAACAAUUUUAUAUACCAAUAAAAGAGAGUGAGUUCGAUCAACUUUUACUGCCUUCUUUCUUCUCUCCUUCUAAGACACUCAGAGUAUUAAUUCACUCUUAACUUCUACCAGGUGACAGGGUCCAGUAUUUCGUCCACACACUCUGCUGUAGAUCCAGAUUUACAACUCUGAGGACGGUGUUCCCUGUGGGUGUGUGUGAUGUCGCAGCUGGGCUGUGUGCCGUCUAUCUGGGUGGCCCAUAGGCUCCCCCAGGUGUAGUCCAGAUGAAGGGGUCUUUUACUGGGCCGUCCCCGCUGCUGUGCCCUCUGCUUGUCCGUCUUGUUCCCCGGGAGCUGUGAGCCUUAAACUCACUCUGUAGCCUGUGACCUCCUCCUCCUCUUCCUCUUCCUCCUCCUCUUUCCAGGUCGGCCUUUCUGAGCAGGAGACGAACCCGCCCAGCCCAGGAGGAUAGUCCCCACUUAACUUCAGUCCCUGUCCCCUCUCCACCUCUAUCACAGCCCUGCCUGCCCACUGUAGCUCCCCCCCUCCCUGGUCAAGUUUGAGUAAACCGAAACAUGUUCAAGUUCAUGAUCAGAGUGGGGAUCAAUAGUGAUUGAUUGGCUGAGCUCACAGCACUGAUUUAGUUAAAACAGAAUAAAUGUCAAAGAUGAAGGAGUUUGGUUCAAGAGGGCAGGCAAAGGGGCGGCGUUGACCCCUCUUCUUUUGCUCUAUUUUCUCUCUAACCCCCCACCCCUCCAACACACACACAAACAGACACACACACACACACACACACACACACACACUAGCCUCUUUGCUUUGUUGUGAUUGGUCAGUUGUUGGGUCAGUUGUUCCCUCUGAAGAUCCUCAGGGUGAAUGAAAAUUGUAGACUGCUUCCCCAAACAAGAAGGGAAUCUGCUGUUUUAUACACUUAACUCACAGGUUUUUAUUUUUAUUUUGUUUACAUUUGGACCCAGCAAUCCAGGACACACACACACACACACACACACACACACACACACACACACACACACACACACACACACACACACACACACACACACACACACACACACACACAAGUGGCGUGAUUCAAUUCUUUUUCCUACUGUAUUUCAUGAUGCGACUCAUGUUUCAGUAUUUUUCUUCAGAAAUUCAGACAGUUUAGAUUUAGUUUAUUUGUUCUCUCACCAGGGGUGUAUCCUCUAACUUUCUGUGCUGCACUCUGAGAUGUUAUCUUGCAUGUGUUUUCUGUUUUACAUGUGCAAGUUCGAGACCUGGGAAAAACCAGUGGCGCAACAGGGCUUUCUGUAUUAUUGCCUUCUGAUUAUUUCCCCCCCUUUUUUUCUUUCUUGCUUUUUUUUUUCUGCCAAUUGGAAAAAUAACAUUCAUCUUUCCUUUGACCUAAGAGAUCAUGCCAGAAAGUAUGUCUUUGAAAAGUAAAACAAAAAAUCCACUUUUAAAUAAGAUCAAUUGUAAACAAACCCAGGGCAACCCUUUGAAAAGCCCCGCCAAGAGAUUUACCUUGCCCUGUGGCAAAUAAUAUUUCUUGAACUGGGUUUAAAUUUCAAGUGUCUUGGGUUUAUAACAACGUGGAACAAAAGAAAGCCAGUCUCUGAACAGCAAAUAUUAUCUACUGGUUGGGCAAAAUGUCAAGAUUGCCUUUUUGUUGUCUCAAAUACAGGGGCAGAGCUGCUGUCUGGCAAAUCCCAGAAUAAACCUCCGAAUAUCUCCCUAUUCGGUCGAAUUUAGAAGGAUCACUGUGAAACCACAUCUGCAUGCACACUUGGAGAUCCAUCAUACAUCUUCAUUGAAUUGUCUAAGAUUUCUUUAAGCUUCUGGUUUGGAUUGCUCUGUAAAAAAAAUUUAUUUAGCAAGAAUUUUUCUACUUGAGUUGGAGAAAAAAUUGAUCAAACAUAGUAGUGCGAUAUUUUGUCUGGUGAUCUAUUGUAUCGUUUCAUUCACCAAAUAUCAAAUUUUUCAGAUUAAUUGUUAAUAUGAAGUCAAAUCUGUGAUAAUGGAAAAAUAAAAUCAAAUGUUUGUCCAGUGAGGUUGGCAGGAGAAAGUUAGUACAACAAAUAUAUCUAUAUAUGAGGUUUGCAAGAUGUGCUGCAUGAAAAUAAAAUACAGUGUAAAUAAGACAAACAUAAAGAAAAGACAAAAACUCAAUUAGCUAAACAGUUAAAAAAUUGUAUAAAUUGCAAUAUAUUGUAUCUCAAUACUCACUGUAUUGCAAAAUGUUAAAAAUCACAGAUAUCGUAUCGUGAUAAUAUCGUAUCGUGGGGCCACUAGUGAUUCUCACCCUUAUUUUCCACUCUUUUAUUGAGAUUUCUUGAUUUCUUUUCUUGAUAUCUGUAUCAUUUUAAUUCAUCUUGGACAGUUUUCACUUUUUUGAUUGAUCUUAGUUGUAUCUAAUAAACAUACCUAUGACUAUUUACUUUUCUCUGUAAUAAUAGGAAACCAUGUAAUGACCUUUACCCUCUAUCGGUCUCAUAUUGAGCCAUGAUGAAAAAAGCAAAAGCUUGUUGUUUUUUUUUUUCUUUUCUUUUUUUAAUGGGUCCUGGUGUGACAUCCAUUACUCCUUAAUAUCCUGCAAUCUUCCUCCUCUCUCUUUUCCUUUGCCCUCCAAAUCCCUAACUCUAAAAAUACAACACCCCGCCUCAGCACACACAUCUCCUCUUCUUUUCCGCCUCCUGCAACAAAUUUAGUCCUUUUGUUUAUUUAUGUUCCUUAUAAAAAAGAGGACACAUGAGAGAAGAAUGGCUAAGUAAUCAUAAACGAAAGCUUCUGCUGCACUUCUGAGUCACUUUUUCUUUUAAUUGGAUGCAGCUUGUAAGUGAACUUCAGGGGCUGGAUCAAGGGAGGAACAGUACUGUCUGUAAUUUGGUUUUUCCUUUGUAGUGAGCCCUUGUCAGAGCCAAAUAAACCCAGUGCGGCUCACCGACCGGGCAACCUUUUCCCUGCAAACCAUCGCACCCCAGCAAGAGAGCCUCCUCUGUCAUCUGAUGUUCCACUCUACUUAAAACAGAGCAGGGAGUGGAGGGAAAAAAAAAAAAACAGGAAAAAAAAACACAGCCCUGCUAUCAUCAUUUUAUUUUGAUUUUUUUUUUUUUUACCCCCAUCCCAUUCUUUAAUCCCUCUGAUGAAGUCUGGACAGGCAGAGGCAUGCUCUCGCAGACAGCAAUUUCGCUGCACCAUAUGUGCCUCACACAUCGGAUGGCAGGGAGGAGAGGGGUCUGUCGGGAGCACAGCCAGGAGCAAGGAAGGAGAGAAGAGGAAAAAUACACGACAUGAAAUUCAGAAUGGGCUGCAGCCGGGGCGCGCUCAGACUCUGUGAUGUUUUUGUCUGCAGCAUCUGCUCACGCUGCAUCAACAAGGUGCCCAUCAUGCAUUAACCCCUUCCAAAAAAAAAAAUGUCUCCGAUCACACAUCUGGAUCCGCUCCGAGAUAUAUCAGCACUUAUGCAGGUAAACAAAUGAGCCAGGUACUCACACAAAAGGAACCAGGUACCCCACACAAAAUGGUGGUAAGCUGUGCGCUGCUUGGCCCCUCCCCGCAUGUAGGAUGUGGUGCCGACACCCUGAUCAUGUGAUUAGAGAGGAUGGAAAAUAGCUGCGCGUCUACUGUGGUUGCCUUCAGACUUCCCUGGUUUAUCCGAUCGCCCAGAGGAGAUGCCUUUAGUUUACUGUGGAUGGAAAUUGCUGUAAGAAAAACAGGGGGGGAAAAAAAGCAAAUCCUUAACACCACAGUUGCACAAAAAGGCCUUUUAAACCUUUUAAACAUGGCGUACUUGAUUUCAGGGCCAUAAAUCAGAAAUGUUUUCCUGAAUGUCUGCGUGUAUGAGGAAUUUUUAGCACUGUUGAAGACCACAGCACCACCAGAUAUCGCAUACUUGUUAAGUAAAGAUGAUGUUUGUAUGUACAAAUACAGGAUCAGAUCUAAAGGGGAUACAGAGGGGAACGGGUGGAGGAUAAAAUAAUUAAAUUUGGGUCAAUAGACCUUGCCCGGUUACACACAAGGAGAGAUCCAUAACCCUGCUUGUUCCUUGAUCUGUUUGCAUUUUCAGCAGUCUCUGUGCUGACCAAGCAGCUAGCUCCUUAAAUCUCACACUUGCUUCCUCUAUACAUAAUAUAUCCAUCCCCGUAUCCUCCAGACCCGUUUACACCCGCCGUGAAAUAUGUGGAGACCUCAGGAGGGACGUACUUCAUUCAUUCACUCUUCUCCCACAGAAGGAGAGAGGAGAGUGGAGGGUGUAGGAGGAGUGGGGAGUGGGGCAGAAGGUUACACUUAAGCUCUGAUUGGAUGGUGUGUAAUUAAGGCAGCAUUUGGCAGCUUUCAAUUUUAGGUGAGAAUUGAAGGGGAAUUAAAGUGACUCUGUCUAUUACGAAGCUCACCUGAGAGCUCGGGAGCAUGUAUCAGUCCUCCGAAACUCAGUCCUGUCUCACAGAUUACUCCACAAUGAGGCUGAGAUGCUGCUAGGAUGGGCUGGCAUCAUUUGAAGUAAAGGAACUCUACGGUGGCUGACAAGGGCAAAUGCUUUUCAAAGGCCAGAAAGAUUUCCAUGCUUGUUUUCUGAAGUUGCGUGUGCAUGAUUGUGGGAUAUUUAUGUAUUUGCAGCACUUGAACUGCAAGGGUGUAGUUUUUGUACUUUGCUGAAGUUUAUUUGUUCUGGAAUAGUUUUUUUUUAGUAUCUAAAGCUCAUUUUAGGAGUUUUUAACUGUGACAAAAACCAAAAUGAAAAGUGAUUCCUCUUUAUGACCCUCAAAAGCACAGGAGACCAUAAACACGAUAUUAUCUCUAUACAGUUCAGUGUUUCCCCUGUAGGUUGAUAAUUUACUUGUGGUGGUGGGCCAGGCGGUGAAGGGUGGUGCCGUGGUGUUUGAUAAGUGCAUUGAAAAUAUCCAGUCAAGUCACUAAGGUUUAUGAACUAUAAGUUAUUUACUACACAUACAGGGCUCCAGACUAGUUAAGACAAGAUCACAGUAACCCCUAACUAAAAAUUAUAGGAGCGCAAGCAAAAUAUUUAGAGUUGCACACUGUAACUUGACUAGCAAGAGCAAAUAAUUCACAUUUCCUCUCAUUUUCACCAUUUUACUGAUAAAUAGAUAAUAAAUGUAGAAAUUACAAUGUGCAUCAACAAAAUGAUAAAGGUAGACAGUGCACUAUCAUUACACUGACCAAUGAGAACCUUUUUUUUGGCACAUGGCGUUUGUUUAGGUUAGACUGCUGCAGACUGUUGCUUUGUUAACAAACAAUCCAAAUGAAAAAAAAUAGCUUUCAAUUGGCUUCAUGUCUUGAAGAAGAAAAAGUCACAAUCUCGGAGACAAAACCUGUGGUACAAUAACAGAAACAGUACGAGGAAGAAAACGGUAUAUAAUCAACAUUAAGUUAGUGUAGUCGGAGCGCAACGGUUUGGGUGCGCUUCCGUAUAUUCACUAGUGGGUCCUGCGCUACGCUGCUUUUGUUUACUUUAAAAACAAUCGCUACUACUCCAGAAAGCCAGAGCACAACGGUUUGGGUGUGCUUCCGUAUAUCCACUUGUGUGUCUCGUGCUGCGCCGCGUCUGAAAAACAAUCUCUACCACUCUGGAAAGCCGAAGUGCAACAGUUUGGGUGCGCUUCUGUAUAUUCACAAGCGUGUCCUGCACUGUUUCGCAUUUGUCAGGACAAAACCCUGCUGUCUGUGUCUGUAUGACUGUGCAUUUAUUUUUUAUUUUAUAUAUUUAAUUCAAUUUUUAUCUUCUUGGGCAGAUGGCAAUCUUCUUGUAAAGCCUAAGUAAAGUCUUUGUAGGGGAAACAGUGGGGUUAUAUUUCUAAUGUUUAAUGUCAGUUGAAUUGAUCAAAUGUGCGCUACCAGAACAGCCUGUUUUUUUUUUUUUUGCAACUCCCACAGCAGAUUUUUUUGUGAAAAAACUCCAUCCACAUGACAACAUCAGCAAAGAGAUAAGACGUACUGCUUUGGCCACAGUGGGUACCAAAUGAACCCAAACCGAAAGCCCCACACUGUAGCUUAAAAUCAUUUUGGAACCUGAGCUUUUUUUCGGCCAUUUCAGAAUAUUUGUCUGCGAGUGUAAAUCUGAGCUUAGCUUCAAGAAAAGGCGGCUUUUUGCUUUAUUUUCUGUCUCCGUAAAUGAGCGCAAGUCUUUUAAUCGCAGCAACUUCAUCAAGAAUAAGCCAAUAAAGUUUCCAACCGAGUUGCCGCUGUGAAGCAUUCCUCACACCAACGCAUCAGUAUCAUUGCAUCCAUGCCGAGUUGGACAGUGGCUCCAGCGAGUCGUUUUAAAUGUAUUUUAAAUGGCAAUAAUAAGACCUGCUGAGUGAUGGAUGCCGUCAGCGUACAGCGUAUACCUAUGCAGCCCCGGGCCCAGCAGGUGUAGAUCAGCAGCACAUUAGACAGACAGGGGGAAAUGUGGCGAGCAUGUGGCGAUGUCUGCGAGGAGGAGACAUACAUCAGCUGUCCCUCAGUCCGUACUGUAGCUCCUGGAAGUGUGUAAGAGCUCUGCCCAGGAGGAUCUGUUUAAUGCUCUUCAUUUGCUGCAGGGGAAACAGAGACAUCCCAGGGUAUUGAUCCAACUAUUGACAUCAUUUGACGGUUCCUUUCAAGCAUAUUGUUCAGCUGCCAAGGAAAGAGAGUGGAAGUGUACAGGGGUGAUCUCUGUGUCAUCAGGGCAGCGUGUGUGAUGUAGUACAAUGCAUAUUCAAAGCAGGGUACUCUUCUUCAGAGAGGUUACCACACCCUGACCCCCAGCAGCUUGGCCUCAGCCUCUGUUAGCCUCUCAGAAAACAGCAAAGCCUGCAGCUCUCAAGAUUUCAUUCUUCUUAUAUUCUUAUCCUUAUUAUCUUGGGCCUACAUUCGGGGGUUUUCAAAGUCCUAAAAAGUGAUUUCAGUCAAGUUUUAAAUCUGCAACUGUUUUUUUUUAAUCAUGUCUUUUGAGGGAUUUUUAGAUGAACAGCAGGCUUCAAAAGUUUUCUCCCUUUUUUAAAAUACAAAUAGUUUUACUUUGUGAGACUGUUGCUGUGUCCAGUCAGCGUUCGGUUCUCUGGAAGCUGCACUUGACUUUGAGACGUUCCCAGGCUCUUGAGGGCCGCGAGUGGGCUCUGAGGGGACAGCUUUGUGUGACGCACAGAGAGCAGAUGUUCCUCCGCAUUUGUUGUGGUCGGCUUGGGAUGCCGUCUCUGUACAGACGUGACCUCUGACCUCUUAGGUUGAUUAGCAUGCUCUUGCAGUUGGGGGUCAAAAGACCCAAAUCUCUCAUGCUCGGUGCAGCGGCUUUGGAGAAAACAAUCUGUUUGCAGUGAAUAAUCUUUUUUUAAUUUUAAAUGCUCAGUUUCAGUUAAUUUGAGUUUGCAAAAUCAUGAAUUAAAAAAAAAUAUAUAUCUUGUAUUAAAACAAAUAUAUUCAGUUUUUAUUGACAAACACAAAUCUUCUUCCUUUUAGACAACUUUAAAUUAAACUUUCAGAAGGAUUUUUUCAUUCAAAUGUGGUUUAUUUGCUUCUAAUUUGUCUCUAAAUUUAGUCUUUUGUUCUUUUCUUUUUCCUCCACACUAAAAUCUUAUGUGUUUUGAUCGAAUCAGAUAGUAAAAUAUCCAACUAUGACUCAUGCUUCACUUUUGACGUUUGUAAGACAAGUUCGACUUGGAAGUUUUCAAUAAAACGACUGAUUGUUUUGACGUGUGACAUUGUUUGUGAGUGCUGCUCUCACUCUAUUUAGGUUUUGGAGCACUCAUACACGCCAAGAUGGAAUAUAAACAGCAGAUAUGGGCUGAACUGGGAAUAUAUUACACUGGUCUUAAAUAGUCAGGCCAUAAAUUUGCAGUGGCACCUGUAUUUCUCAGACGGGGGGUCCUCCUCUCCUCUGCUUUUCCCUCCUCUCCUCUCGCUGUGUUAUCGUACCAUAUAGUGAGAUGUUGUGAAGCUGCUCCCCACUGACCACCUUCAGGCCCCGGGGCUUUCUGUGGGGAAUGAGCUACUUGCUGACCACUUCAAUAACAUUCAAUCAUAGGUAUCAUUUGCAAUUCUUGUAACUGUGUUCAGACUUUAUAAUGUGACAGGCUCUGUCAAAAUCCAGAUGAUUGGAAUAGAAGUUAAACCAAAAUUUUCCUCCAAUGGAUCAUUUGUGAUGGGGUCUAAUACUGUUACUGAGAAGACUCUCAGAAUAUUGAUUUCUGUUAAAUCAGGAAAGUUAACUUUUCUUGAGUUUAUCAAGCUAAACAAUGUAGAAAAAAUUCUACAAGAGACUUUGUGAGCAAAGCUGGCAGAUAGGUAAUGUGUACAUUGAUAAAGUUAUAUUCUUGAUCAUAUUUUGUACUGAGGUCUUUGUUUAUCUAUUUAAAAUGAGGAAUUUAACUGCAAUGUAGAAAAUAGUGUUUUAAUUUAACGACCCACUUGGAUGAAAAUCGUGUUUUUCAUGUUUUAUACAUUUUCAUAUGGCAUUUAUCUGAUGCUGCAGGCCGUAUCAUGAGAAAACUACACACAUAUGCUUAUUCUUUGUAAAUCGUCGUACAUAUAAAUAUCUCCAAUUUUAAACCGUAAUAUAUCAACAUGUACAUAACAGCUGUAAAUAACACUCAUAUACAGUAUAUCUUAUAUCUUUUGACUCUUAGGUUUCUUCAUUCUUUACUUUCUCUUUUGUAGUUAUCACUGCUGUAAAUUUUGGAAUUUCCUUUUGCGGGACAAAUAAAAUAAUAUCUUAUCUUAUCUUAAGUAAGUGUGAAAUUGCAUUUCUGAGUAUUUCUGCAUUUAAAUCGCUGUGAACCUCUCACAGACCCAAACAGCAGGUUCAGACACAGUGAGAUUUCCUACGUCACAACUUCAAGCUCCGCCCCUGGAGCCACGUUUGCAGGCCAGACUUGGAAAAGUUUAGAGGACGGUCAUGGAACAAGUGUGUGCGUUAGCUAAUUGCAAAGCUAACUAUGAUAUUAACUUUCAUCAUGUCCCCAAAGACAUUAGUGUCCAAGAGCUGAAUAGAUCCUAUUUUACCUGCUACUUCUACUACACUGGCAAUGCUAGGCUGCAAGCUAGCAGUGCUUUCUCUGCCCACGACUCAGAAGCAAAUUGCUAAUGAUCUACCAGAGCUCUGCAAUAGAAAAGCCCUUGAAAAUGACACAGGUAACGCAACUUUGGCUAAAAACUUCAUAAUCAGGAUUUAAGGCCCUGUUUAUACAUACCUGGUUAUUUUUAAAAAUGGAGACAUUAACCAUCAUUUGCACCCUUUGUUUAGAUGCAAACAGAGAAGUCGCCCCUGAAAACGAUGCUUUUUAAAAACUUCAGCCAGAGUGGCGAUUUUGGAAAAUUCCAUUUGCACGUUUACAUGUAAACAGAAAAACUGAGAUUUGGGUAGCCAACGGCAGAUUGUGCGCAGGAAAGAAGGAAGGGAGGUGGUUGUUGUUGUUGUUCUUGUUGCUGCUGCUAUGUAGCUUCUCGCUACACUGCCACCUACAGGUUUGGCAUGCUCUUUACGGCAAAUACACGCGGUUUAGUGUAAACGAAAACUUUUCUGAAAACAUAGUGGUGUGCACACAAUUUUUUUUUGUAAAGGGAGAGGGUGAAAUGUCAGUUUAUGAAAAUAGCUGGGCAAGUGUAAAUGUAGUCUCAAGAGUACUGAAAACACUUAAAACACAAAAAAAUAAACAAACAAUCGGAGUGGAGCUUUAAGUGUCUGUCUCCUGUGAAAUGAUCAUAGCAUUCAAACGUUAAGGUAUCAGUGGAGACUCUUGUUGAAUUUCACAUUAGGAAUUCAGAAACUGUUGUCGGUCAAUCUGACAUGAACUUUGCUGCAAAAGAGAUUUCAUAUUUAUCAGGGCAAAGUCAAUUUAAAGAUCUUGAUUGUAAACCAUUACAGAUGAGUCAUUUCUGCAUGUUUUCAGGUCUCAAAGUAGACUGAUCCAGCGUUAGAUUAUAAUGUGUUUACUUGAGGGGAAAAAUGACAACAUUAUGAUUAUCCUGGUGCUUUGUUAGGCUGAGCUACAGUACAUCCAGCAGCUCUGUGGUGACAUGUUGUACCGGCUCUGGUUGAUUUGACCUCAGCCACAUUGUUGACUCUCUGAAGGUAAUAGGAAGCAUCUCAUUGUGUUGUCUGAGCUACAGUGAUUACUUACUGCUUUUCCCGAUGAAACUUUCUCCAGGAUCAAAGACUCUCUCAUGCAUUAAUAAAGGCUGUUUUGUGUGACUCUUAUUAGCUGUAAUGCGCCUGUCUGGUAAUUCAUGUCUGAUGGCAGCGAGCGUCCGUUGUCGACGGAAGAAUGAAAGAGCACAGACAGGGUUGUAUUUCAAUAUCGCUGCCUUUUAUGGGCACCGGGGCUAAAUUUGUAUUGAUCUGAAUUUGAUAAUGAUUCUAUUAGCGAUAUUAAAUUUGUAUGUAUUCAAGGGCUCAGUUACACAUCGACACAGAAAAGGGGCAAAAGAAAACAAAUUAGUGAGUGAGGGUGGAUUGUGUUGCAUGUAAUAUAAGAGGGUGUGUUUGGUGGAGAUCAUCAAGAACUGUCAGUUAAGUCAGAAAGGAGAGACGGGGAGGGGUUGUUUGUGUAUGUGCGAGCAUUUAUAUAAAUAAAUGUGUCUCAAUAGCCUCUGGCCAAUGUAGUUAAUGCAGAAUUAAUCAGUUAUUAAUACUGUAUGCAAGUCUUCGUAUGCUUUUGGGCUCCUCUGGUUUUUAAUAAUUAAAUUAAAUGACUUUUGUACUCCCAGCUAAGUGUAUUUAAAGUUAACACACUCCUGUCUGGGUAGUUUAGAGGCCAUUAGGUUACAUUUUACUAACACACAGCCCAAUUAUUGACACCUCACUGACAAGUGGUCAGUCAGCCUGCCAAUACCUGUCUACUGCUAUCAUGGCCAGACAGAGGUCAUUAUCAGAGAUCUGGGGCCACAAAGGGGACCUCAGGGACUCCACUAUUCAGCGGCUCAACAGGCUCAUAGACGAGACGGGUCAAUGCAAAUCCCCCCGCCUCCCACUCCACAACCCCUCUCUGUCUCCCUUCUCUCUUCCUCUCUUGUUUUAAAAAAACUCAUGCUGUAGCAUCUCUUGAAGAGUUUGUCAUCACACCAAGAUAUUUUAUUUUCUCUGGAUGUUUUUGAUCGGUAGAUUUACAGCCAUGUAGGCUCUAAGCACUCCGAGCUUUGCCUGUGGCCUCUGCAUUUACAGUUGACGUGAAAGAAUCACAACUGAGAGCUCUGUGUUUUCAUUUCAGCUGGCAGCAUGAGGUUGAUAAAUCUCUGGUCAAAAAUGAAAAAAAAAAACAAAAAAAAAACACUCAUUUAGACUGUGUGCAUAUGGUCACGUCCCUUGAAAGUAAUGGUUAUUGUAUACUUAGAGGAAUUAACAUAAAACAUUUUACACAGUCUAAGAAAAAUAUAAUUCAUUCAUAAUUGAUUGGUGGCGUGAUUGCCUGAGUUUACUGUCAUUUUUCUGCGGUGAGACAAAGUCUUUCCUGCGGCUGUUUAGCCCUAAUGGACUUUGGGGAUAUUUAAUUCAGGCCUGUCCAGGAUCAGAAAUGAAGCUACAAGAACUCUCCCUCUCUCUUUCUUUUUUUAUAGAACAUGUAUGGCUCCAACUCCUUAAAUGACUCUCAUUUAGCAUGCAAACCCAUGGUCAGAGCCGCUCUAAUUGCCUGUCAUUUUGAUAAACUCUAUCAACUUAUUUAAAUUUGUUUUGCCUCAUAUUCCAGUUUGAGGUGCAGGUGAGCAGGGCAGUCCUCUUGGCGUUCAUUUAUAUACAGGUUUUUGAUGUGGGAGAUUGAAUUUUUGGUUUGAGGCAUGUUUCAUCGCUUCAGGUCUACAAAGUCUGACACGCAGUUGCUGUAAAAUGUAGAAUAGUGAGAUAAAUAUAUACAUCUAUACACACACAGGAUGUUUUAAUUGAUACUGUAUGUAAGUAAAGGGAAGGAAAUGAGUUUAGAAAAUUUAACUUUUUAAACUCAGUGAACUUGGAGCAAGAGUACGACGGAGUAUUAGGGCCACAUUAAGAAAGAGAAAAUAAGACUUCAAGAUUAAAGUUGUUAAAUUAUGACAAUAAAAUCAUUACUAAUGAGAAUAAAGUUGUAAAAAAUCAUUAUGAUGUCUGUGAUAAUGUGGUGCUGAUGUGCCAUAGUGUUAGGUAUCUCCUUGCUUGCAAACUUAUAUUGAAGUACAUUUUCACGAAAUGCUCCAUGGCUCUUAUUUCAACAACAGUCAUCAUAAACAGUAGAUUAGAAUAUAAGGACUUUAUUCUGACUUUAUUCUUGUUAGAAAUGACUUUAUUUUCAUAAAUUAAUGACUUUCUUCUCAAAAUCUUGAAUUUUCUUUUUUCUUAAUGUCGCCCUAAUACUCAGUCGUACAAGAGUGUUUUGAUUCUGCAGGGAUAUAAAAAAAAAGUAAAAUCUAUAAGUAACAUGUUUUGUUUUAAAUUUGUGCUAAAAUCUGAACAUUAGCAUGGAGAUGGCAACUUAAUGAGCUUAAUCAUAGCAGUUUAAAUCAAGAUUUAUUAUUGGAAUUGCAUAUGGAGAGACUUAUGAUCAUAAAUGAGCUUAUUUAGAAAAGAAAUCUGUAGUAACUGCUUCUAAUUAUUUUCCAAGGCCAUUUAAUUUCAGCACAGAAGCAAGAAUCUGUCAUUUUCUUGUUUUAUUUGUUUUGUUUUAGGAAGGUUUGAACCUCUUAGUAUAAAUAGAUAUUUGUAAGUCAGAUGCAGGUGAUAGAGUCUUUCUUGUGUUUGUGUGUUUUGUGGUCUGGAUAUGUUGGACGGGUCAUUUCAUUUAUUUAUACUUUUCCUUUUUUGAUAACCUCAGGUUUUAGCCGGUAAUCUCACUGUCAUAAAGAGGGGGUGUGCUUCAAAGGACCGACGACAGCAGGGACAGUUGUGGAAAGAUUUUCCUCCGAGUUUUUUUUCAUAGUAAGCUGUCAAAGAGUCCAACAUGGUGCUGACUCAAGAAUGAAAAAGAUGAAAGUUGCCGAGGACUCGAAACCUUGACCAUUUUUACACCUUAGCACUUUCUGAGCAGCUCUUCAGUCGCAGCAGACAGCGGGGCCUUAUGAUGGCUCUGAAAGAAGACCGACUAAUAGGUGUGUUUUGCGGCUGGUUCUUUCACAGCAGGAUGGACGGGGUGAACUGAACAUGGCCGAGCCCCUGGUCGCUGCUUCAUUAUCCCUCUGUAACCAUCCACAUCAGCAGACACCUCCACUCCAGCAUGCUGGGCCCCGCCGCUACACCGGCCACUCGCCCGAGACGAAAGGCAAUGAACUCCAAAACAUGCCGUUCAUCUUCCAGAUGGAGUGAUUUACUGAUUUAGCACGGGCUCUGUCCCCCAAGAGUCGCUGCACCCUUUCCCCACUCUGCUGAAUAAACAUUUAUAUUCUUUAACUUGAUGUUCUGAUAUUAUGAAAAUAGAAAUCAAGCACUCAAAAUGCAUUCGGAACAUUCUGUGCACAACCGACCGAUGGAGAAAAUGGAGAAAAAUGACACUGGGGGAGUACCGGAGGAAAAAUGAAUAUAUCUGGCUGGACCGAGUGCUCAGAGGGGAUUUGAAAAUCGUACUGGGGAGGGAAGGGAGUAGGGGGUUGCUCUUUUUCCUGCUGAGCUGUACCAAAAAAGAGGAAGGGGCAGGGUUAUUUUUAUUUCCUUUUAUUAUUACCCUCCAUGUAGGAGAGUUUUUUUUUUUUUUAGAGCUAGAUUUCACUUUGGUAAUUUUCUCAUCACUCAGAAGCAGCCACCUGUCUCUUCCCAAGAUCCCUUUCCUUUGUCUCUUAAAUAAUAAGCCUACAUUCGCAUAUGAAACCGGGGAAAAAGGGGAAAAUGACCAGAGAGGGAAAGUGGAGGAGGAUGAUAAGAAAGGGGGGGAGGAAAAAUGAACGAUAAAGAAAACAAGAAGAAGAAGACAGGAAGUAGAAAAAAAGAUGAGAGAGGUGACCUUUUUCUCGCAGGCUCGCGCCUGGCCAUCAGUAAGCAGCCAUGUUUGAGAGGGAAGCCAUUUUCUCGCUCGGCUCAUUACUGUGUUUUAUAUUCAGCUGUGUGGGGAGGCGCUGGUCACUGUUCAAGCCUGCAGUCAUGUCAGGCGUCAGAUGAAGCCUGUGUAUUAUGUCUGUGUAUGUGUGUGUGUGUGUGUGUGAGAUUGGAAGGAGGGGCUGCGAAGGGAAGCCGGGGGCACUCAGGAUUAGACAGAAAGACCCUCGGGUUGGAGGCCAGAGCUCAAGUUCAUCACAGCAGACAAUGGAAAGCUCUUCAGAAAGCAAUCGGGCUCUCGGUUAUAUUGGCCUCCACAGCGUCGACGGCGAAGCGAAAACUCUCUGUUUGUCCGCCACUAUCACUGCUGCACCUAUAUUCUCACACGUGUCACUUCCUGUCCACUUCCUCCCAUCCUGCUGCUUUUCAUUUUCACCAGUAGGCAUGUAAAAGCCGCCAUGUUUGUGUUUAUUUAUGUGUAGAGGGGUGGAUUUUCUGGGAUAUGCUCGGGGUCAGACUCAAACAGGACCACACUACUAUUCCUCCCCUGUCCUUCUCCUCCUCCUCCUCCUCCUCCUCCUCUCUUCACACCCCGCCACCAGGACAGCUGCUCCCCCAGCGUAGCGGCCAUUGUAGCGCUCCACACCAACAGAGGUUUUAGCUACUGGUAGUGUGAAAUUAAACAGCCACCUCGUCCCUUGAUGAUAAGUGGCGUCCUGUCUUCAUGCUGCGGCUAUCUCCUGUCACACAGCACAAGGUCACACUUUCAAGGGUGAAUUAGAGUUCACUAUUGUAAAUAUAUAUUGAAGAAGUGGUUCAAACUUUCACGUAUUUUGAUUUACUUCCGUGCUUUUUUUCCCUUUCUUCACAGAAGCUCCAUCUGAUUCUGUAUUGGACAUAAAUUUUACACUGCAUCACUUCUGCCACGCUGCACCCGUGUCCCCCUUUUGUGCAUUGUGUUCAUGAAAGUGAACACACCAUAAUGGAAAUAUAAUAUUCAGUGUAUUUGAUGCACAAGUGAUAAGUACAUGAUAAUUGCAUAUUAUUCAGGGGCCUACAAUCAGAAAAGGAAGACUUCAAAAAAGAGAAGAGAGAGGCACAGAAGUCAUGAGAAGCCUUUUUUUUCCUCUGUGCAAAUUAUCUUUUUGAAAUUGAUAGUUAAUAUUUCAGUAUUGCUAUAUAUUUUUAAUCCAGCCUUUGCAUUUUUUGCAAAUAUAAUGUAUCCUUCCACAUUCAUUUGACUGUGCCGCCUUGAUGAGUACUUCAAAUGUGAAUUAAAGCACUCCAUUUUAAGAGGGAAAAUGAGUAAUAAUUCAGAGAAAUUAAUAAUACAUAAUAAUGCUAUUCAGGAAAAUUAAAAGUUAAAAAACAGGAAAGAGGAAGAAAGAUUCACUUUUGGAUUGUUUGGUGGCGACUAACUUUGAUUACGAUGCGCACAGAGAGGGACGCAGCAAAGCCAGUAAACAUACGAUCGGUCAGAUGGGGGUUAGAGGUUGAGGAGGAGGAGGACGUGUGACAGACGUGCGAUGAAGGCUCCAUUAACAGUCACAUUGUUAAAACAUUAAUAUUAAUUGUCUUUUUCUGGUUGUGUUUCAAGUCUCUGUCACAAAGAUGCUGCAGAGACACGCAGGAGGAGGAGGAGGAGGUGUGUGGCAGUGUGAGGGUUGGCGGUAGUAAAAGAAGGGAGUGGAUGGAGGGGGUGGAGGGGGUCUGGUACCAGGGAGUAGAGGUGACUCUUUAUCACUUUCUGUCUCUGUCUCAUAAGAUAUCACUUUCUCCUCCUUUCACUUACUCUCUCUCGCAAUUUAGCCUGGUUAAGCAAAGGAAAUGAAAUCCCCCUUUUUUUUUCUUUUCUCUAUAAGGCUUUUAAAAAUAAUAUUAGAAAGUCUCAUGAUUAUGAUAGUAUUAAAAUGAUUGAGAUGGACUCUUAAUGCCAGUGGAGUAAUUUUGCACUUCUGCUUAAGCCCUAAUAGCGGUGAUAGAAUGGCCUGGCUGGGCCCAGGGCCACAUCAUUUCCUUUGGUAGGUGCUGUAGAUGGGCAUCCUGUGGCUGAAGACCAAGGCUGUUAAGAGGACUCUUAACUCUGGGGACUCAUUUAGACUUUCAUAUUCGGUAAAGCACGGUGAAUUUCAAAAAGGCACUCAUAGAUUUUGUAAACAUUUAACUUCACUUUCUUUUCCGUUUUUGCAAAUGAGUGAUGAGAUCUGAUUUGAGCGACAUUGGGUGUAGUUUUUCUGUGGAGAAAAAAACCCGCUUCUGUAUUCAGCAGAGGCUACAGCAGUUCCCAUACCGCCUGAAUUUGCUGGCUGGUUGUGUUUCUGUUGUGUUGGUCUGUUUCUGCUGCUGAGGGAGAGGCUGAUAGUGCUGACAGAGUCUUGGGGGUCUACUCUGCAGUCAUGACUCCAGCCCCGGCUGCUUGCCCCCAUGGGUGCACAUUGCGGCAGCCUGUUGACCGAGCGUGGCAACUCCAGCUUACGCAGUCACUUCCACCAUCACCACCACCCCCUCCUCCCCCCGUCUGUGUCUGAGUCCAGGUUUCAGUCUAACCGACCUUUGGCCGCUCCAAUUAUGCCUUUCUAUCUGGUCUUAGAGGAGUAACUUGAUCUAUUUCAACUGCUCUAAAGAUGAAAAUACAAACUUAAGCGUCGUAUUUAGCGUUUAAUUUAGUUCAGCAUCAUAUUUUUAGCCUGUAAGACAUGCCUAAGUGGAUUGAAAUGAGUCGAGGGUUAUUUUGAAGGUUGUUUUUUGACACUUAAACUCAUUCUGCACUCAAAAGAAUCUAUUUAAAGUUUUUAUCUGCUAUUAAUAAACCCUAUGUAUUUAUUAAAACUUAUUCCCUCUGUGAGAAACUGAGAGAGCUCACAGAAAGGUCAGGGGUUAUUUCAGGUAUUUGUUUUGAUCCUCUUGAGCGUCUAUAAAUGGAUGAUUUAAAAAGAAAAGGGAAUACGUUUCAGUCAAACUCUCUCAGUUAAAUGUCAAGUUACUUUAUUGGCUUGAACUUUGUUCAUUAAGACAGGAGAAUAAAAGGUAAUACAUCACUAAAGCACCUCUGUUCAACAUUGUUUAAUUAGUGCCACAAAGUUAUCCCAGUUACACUUCACUAAAAUGUGCUGAAUUAUCAUUAUUCAUCAAAAGGUGGAGUUUAAUCCCACGUUCAUCACUUUUUUAAAUGACCUGAGCUGACAUUUUAAAUGGGAAUAUUUAAGUGGAGAGUUUUUAGUCAUCUUGAUAAAAAGUUUGCAGAAAGCAAACACGAGGAUUCCUACACAAGUAUGGAAAAAAAAGAUCAAUUUCCAUGUCCUAAAAAGUAUGGAAAAUAAAAAAUAAAGUAUGGGAAAAUAUUUAAGUUUCCAGACUACUACCACAGUUCUAAAAUAGAAAAGUAGGUAUCUCCAAAAAUAAGUAGGGUAUAGAAAGGUAUGGAAAUGUCAACAGUGUCAGAACCCUGGAACACAGUUUGAGUAAUAACUCCAAACACUGUUUCAGGAAACAGUUUGUAAAAGCAGUUUUAAUAGAAUUAUUGUUUUGUGCUUUUAAGUAAGUCAUGUUUUGAUCUUCAAACAUUUUUUCAUAGUUUUUCAUUUUUUUUUAUUUUUGGGUGUCUCACACUUUCACACAUCUCUCUCUUCCUCUCUCUCUCUCGCUCUCAUCCACUCUCACACACAUACACACACACACACACACACAUGGUUCUGACUUGAAGCGAGUGGCGGUGCGAUUUGGGACAGCCCGGCAGUGAUGUCAUUAAGCAACACCCAGGUUGAUAAGGCAAUCCCAGCUUCUGAAUAAAUAAAUAAAUUAAAUCAUAUCUUAUGUAUUCUUUUCACCUCCCCUCAAACCCCUACCAUCCCAAAUCCUGACCCCUCACACCCCCCUCUGUCUCCCACACACACACACACACACACACACACACACACAUCAAAAAUACACCCCUACAUCGCUGCUGUUAUAGUCACCACCACCACCGCUACUCCCUCCCCCCUCGUGUCCACCGGCAUAUCAGAAAAAAAAAAAAUGAAUGCAGCUUUUGCAAUAAAUAAUGCAUUUCACUAAUACGCAUUCAGGUGGAGUCAGUCUGUGGCCCCUUCUCAUGCACAUCCAGAGAGAAAUAUAGAAUCCAAGACGGGAGGAAAGGCUUUCCUCCUGAACUGAGAGUGGUGACGGCUCGAUAAUAGGCUAAAACAACGAGCAUGAGAGCGAAAGAGUGAGAGAGAGAGAAAGAGAGAGAGUGAGAGAGAGAGGGAACAGAGAGGAGGAAGAAGAAGAGGGGGGCCAAGAGAGAGGGAGAGAGUGGCAAGCAUAUUAUAACUCAUCCAUGUGGAUCACCCUAGUAGAUUGGGAGCAAUCCCUUGUUGAAAUUGUCUUCUAAACACUUAGAGAGAGAAGGAGAGGGAACGGAGCAGCCAGCCCAGCUCACUGUGCCUGUGUGUGUGUGUUCUCACACUGCCUGCUAUCCCAGCCAAGGUAGAGAGACCUCUGACAGACCGCCUGCAUGUGUGUGUGUGUGUGUGUGUGUGUGUGUGUUUCACUUUGCUCGUGCGUGUGUUUGUGCCAUUAUCUAUCUAGCGAGCCAGCCAGCCAGCAAGUGAGUGAGUGUGUGUGUGCAUGAGUGUUUGAGAGCGAGGAAGAGAGAGAGAGAGAGAGAGAGAGAGAGAGAGAGAGAGAAGAUGUGUGUGUGUGUGUAAGGAAGAGGGGGUAUUAUGCACCCUGGAUGUUGCCUCGUGCUUUAAACAGCUGCCUACAAGCCCAGGUAGUGCGCGCCGGCUUCUAAAUAAGCAGCACAUUCACCGUCCCCUUCAGGACAAGAGGCUAGGCUGCAGAGUGUGAAAUCAGACUAAUACAGUGGCGUAGGGCUGAGCAGGAGCAGGAAGCAGCUCCUGCAUGACUUACUCAGACUAGAGGUGUAGAGGACAAGAGGCAGCAGAAGAGGAAAAAAGAGGGGGAUUGGACGUCAGGAGGGAGAGGGGAGGACAAAACAGACAGUAAGGUCAGUAAAAUCUCUUCUAAUUUCUGCUCUAUGGAUGCUGUCUUUCUAUCUUCAGGACUUUGAGAGCAGUUAGUGUGGAGCUGGGACUCAGGCUCAGGCUGUGGCUGCUUUGUUUUGCUGGAGAAAGUAUUGAUCUUUUGUAAGUUUGUGGGAAGUGUGCUCCUUUUGAUCCUGCCAGGUGAGAGCAGAUGGAAACACUGGAUGUGGGGGGGCUGGCUUAGAGCGGCCCAACUCUUUACUUUGUGUGUGUGUGAGGGAGAGCAAGGGGGAGGGAGAGGGAGAGAGUGUGUGUGUGUGUGCAGGUGAAUAGUUUUCUCAUGUUUACAUAACUUUAUGCUUGGGAUGUAUGGAUUUUGUAUAUGGACCCUGUGGUUAAAAAUAAAUGUGUUUUUUUGGAAGUGAUGCUGAAAUAGUCAGUCUGUCUGUAUGCUUGUGUGUGUGUGCUUUGUAUUUAAAAAAGUGAGUGACUGUGUAUUCAAGGAUGGGGCUAAAAGUCAACGCCCAGCAGCAGUAUAGUGGGCCAGAUCAGGAAAGUGGAGGUGAAUUAGAUUGUGUCACAAAAAAAAGGGAGACAUUACUGGAUGAAACUAAGAGAUGCCGCAGUGAUAGGUGGACGGUUUUCACUUCAAACACACCUUUUCUCUCUGUGUGUCAUGUGGCAGCAUCUUAACCAAUGAGAGGGGUCAGCGUUUACAGGUGCGAAAAACAACAUGUGACCUCAUCACGCACACAAGAUGGUGACCGGCGCCACAUACGAAAUGUGGAUACACUUUGGAAAAAAGUCAUUUGGAAAUUUUAAAAUUUGUCAAAAUACUACAAAAAUAUUUGAUACAGUUUUUUUUUUUAAUUAAGUACAAAAGUUGCUUUUUCAUCAAUGAUCUUAAGUUUACCAUGUGACCAAAACAUGGUGAAGCAUGUUUUUUUUUUUUAAUCUACAAAUGAGAAUUGGAGCAGGUGUAAAAUCCUGUGUCUGAGUCUGGGUAUGUGCUCGCAUUUAGAUGUGUUUAGCCACACACAAGCACAGGAAAAGUGGAAAAGCCGGGACUACCAAAUUGUCAGCAAUACUAAAGACAUCAACACAAAAAUUUCAGCCAUCCAUCACAGCUGUCGGCUUGUUUCUGUGGCGACAGUGAUUUAUUCCAGUGCUGAAAUCCAUUUGGACCCCCCCCCCCCAUCUCUCUCUCUCUCUCUCUCUCUCUCUUUCCUUCCUCUUCAACCUAAGUCACUCUCUCACUUAGUCACUUACACUCACUUACAUGCAUAUAAAUCCAAAUACUAAGCACAGAAACUCCCCCAGUGUUAAUAAGAGUUGAUUUAUUUUCAGUUGCAAUUAUUUGCCGUGGACAUGUGCUGAUUGGAGGAUUAUCUGACCACUCACAGCGCUGACAUGGCUCUGGGGCAGGUGUUCACAAUAUGAGGCGUGUUUUUACUGAGUCUGGGCGUAAACAUGAACAGUGUACCUGGAUUGCGAGGUUGUUUCUCAAAGUUUCAAACAAAUCACUGUUUGCUGUCACUCUCAACCAUUUAAGGCACCAGUUUUUCACUGUAUGAGAGAAAAUUGAUUAAAAGUAGAUAGUAAGUCUUCUUCAACAUUUUUACCAAUUUACAGUAGAGAUGCACAGAUCCAUUUUUUUCCGAUCUAAUCUGAUACCGAUACCUGGGCUGAGCGUAUCGGCCGAUAUCUGAUACCGAUCCAAUACUACUACUGAAUGAAUGAACUGUAUACCUCGCCUGUCAGUGAAGACAUCAGGCUUGACAUGUUAAAAAAAAAAAAAGUAACAAAUUGACACAGAUAAAAACUUACUUAAUAUUAUUUAUUAACAAAUAAUAAAUUGCACAUUAGCAUACAGAGAAAAGAAGUAAGACUUCAGCGUAAACAUUUAGUGCUAAAGGAUAAACAGACAUAGAAUAUAGAGCAAACAGAAUCGCUGUGUUGCUGUGUACGAUAUUAAUUAAUAUCAAACCCUGGAUCGGCGUCAUUCAUCCGAUAUAUGAUCCAGUUAAUUUGUCAAUAUCGGAGCCAAUAUCCGAUCCAAAUAGCGGAUCGAUGCAUCCCUAAUUUACAGGUAAGAUUCAUUGCUGACUUUUUGUAAAAAAAAAAGUCCAACAGGCUUAGAGGAAAGUAUAAAGGACAAGUGCAACAUUUUUUUGUGUCACAUUAAAUAUUCUAAAACAUUCAUAUUUGCGUCAAAUUGAGCUAAAAACUUUUAAUGCUCCUGUGCUUUGUAUUUCUCAAGCUAAAUUAAGAAUAAACGUUCAUCACUUUAGAUCCAAAAUAAAAGGGUACAUAUUCAUAUAUGAGACUACAAUUAAAAUAAAGUUAAGAUCAGAACUUUGUGUCUUUUUCUAUCGGUUUUUAUCACAUACUCUGCAGAAAACUGUAUUUGUAAAUGAAAACUGCCACGCAGCGUUGAUCCAGAUUGAAGCUCCAUAAAUGGCACAGGAAGUAAGUUAUUCUGACAUGCAUAAAAGACUAUUUUUAACAGCAGUCACAAUUAGUCAUAUAGUGUUUCAGCUCUUGUUGUGCUCAUGGCACACACAGAACAAAAGUAGAAACAUCACUUCAACCCUGACGUGUAGAAUAAACAGAGUGUGCGUGUGCGUGUGCUUUGCACGAUGUGUGUUUGUGAGUGAGACAGAAGGAGCUAAACAGACGCCUGCGACCACGUUGGUAUGCUCCUCUGCUUUAUCCUCCUCUCUCAUUUAAUUUCCUUUCUUUUCUGCGCAGCUUCUCUGGUAUUUUUUCAUAUGUCAGAUGAUAAGUCAGGUCCUCCACUGGGCAGGAAGAUAUAUCAGUCAACACUGUGCUCCUAAUAUCCCCCAUCUGCCAGCAAGCACACCCUGUUCUAAGCCCUGCUCUAGCCCUAAGCCCUGGCCUGAGCCCUAGGCCUGCACCCUAAGAUUGCUCUGUGUGUGUAAGUGUGUCUGUGUGUAUUUUUGUUUGGAGUGACUUUGGGCCUCUUGCAGCUGUAUCGCCUUCUUUAUUCCUGUGCUAAAACAUGAUAUUGCUACUUUUGCAGAUGCUCAGUCAGGAGUUCUCAUCUCUUAAUAUGUUUGUCUGUCUGCACAGCUAUCUUAAAAGUUGAUCUGAGCUGGCCUGUGUGUGUGUGUGUAUCAGGAGUUGAGCUGAGCGGAGGACGCUCUGCUGUGCUCUCUGAUGUGGUCUGGCCUGUGUUUGUCUGGAGGGAUGAGGCCAGCACUGAGUCUGGCCAGCGAGGUCAUGUAGGUUCUAUGAGAUCCAAUUCUCUUGUCAGGCUUUCACAUUGUACUACAGAGGAGAGGGCUUCACCUCUGUUCACUUAAAUUGAAUGCACCUCCUGAUUCUAGGACACAAAUGUGGUCGAGGUAUUUCUUAUAGACCAGAUAAACUCAAGUUAAGUUGAGAUACUGAUAGAUGAAGUGAAUAUUCAAAGAAUUCACUUUAUUUGUAAUCAGCACACCUGUUAUUUUUCAGCCUUAUUGUACUGACAGCCUGUGUGACUGGGGCUGCCUGUGCUUCUGCAUAGUGAUUGAACUCCAGCUAAGGUCUGGGCCUCGCCAUGAUGACGUGCCAAACUUAGCUGUGCUCCCAAAAUCCUGGAUUAAAGCCUGCUUUAGGAGCUUAACAUGGUCAGCCAUUCAAACAUGUACUGGAUUGACGGGGCUACCUUGGUCGCCUGUUAUCUACUGAAGAGUUUUACAAGCACGCUGGAUGGCUUGCUGGCUGGCUGACUGACUGGCUGUGGGGGUUGAAUUUUACCACCAUUACUUUCUGAGUUCUUCAUCCGGUGCACCAGAUCAUUCUUCAUGAAAAACUUGCGACCUGUGCCUGACGUAUGCAGGGAUUACUUUCAUAAUGAGAAGCCUUUUUGUCUUGUUCAUCUUUCAUAACAUAAAUCAUCUUCUUCCUCUUCAAACAGAUCAAAUGUGAUGCUGUUAUUUUAGAUGUAAAAAUAUAGAUUUUUAACUAAAGCUCACCUUCAGUUAAAAGCAUAUACAGUGCCAAGCAUAAGUCAGUACACCCCCUAUUGAAAGUGAAGUAUUACUCAAUAUCUAGAUGAGCAAAAGUACAUUUUCCAAAGUUUAGACAAAGCUGAGUUUAACAUAACAUUUUAUUUACUAUAAGAUAAAAAAAAUAAGGGUGAUAUGGUGACUAAAAUUUAGCUUUGCUCCCAGAACUUUGAUUGGAGUGUACUCAUUUUUGCAUCCUGAUUUUAAACUGAAAAAAAAAAAUACUUUUUUGUAUGCAACUUAAAAAAUCUUGUUUGCAAUCAAUGGCCUAUAUUUGGGGGAGUAUUUAGUUGUCUAGUCUGAUGUAGAAAAUGUUGAUUUUGAAAGGAAACUAAAGGUUUUCUGACUACUCUGAAGAGGUGAACUCAUUUAUGCUGAGCACUGCAUGUGUUAAGUUAACAGGACCAUAAUGGAGCAAAUUCUACAAUAUUUUUUUUAUUUUUUAUUCAACUUUACAGAUCAAUUGAUUUCUCAUGGUUGUAUUAUAAAAUUAGGCAUCUUUAUGAGUUUGAAACCUCAUGGGAAAUGUGUCUAAAUAUGUGGGAUGAAAAAUCUCAAACAAAAAUCUGUCAUUUUUCAUGUAUUCUUUUAUGAACUCCUCAAAAAUCUCAUUGUCGUGUCGCUUCUAUACAAAUUCACAACACAGAUCUGUAACUCUUCCCUUUCAUUUGUCUUUAUUUUCUUUUUCUCCUAUCUUAUCAAGAAAAAAAAUAUGGAAGGAAACACUCUGUUUCUCCAAGGUUCUUUGUCUUUUCAGACAUUCGUCUCUAAGAGCACCUUUUCCCUUCUCUUCCAUGUGAAGAAUUGAGUAAAAACAAAUGAGGAAUAAAGGAUAUAUUUGAGAUAUAUGAUUCACUGAUUUUUGUUCGGAGACUUUUAUCAGCAUGUGAAUGUCGGCAUGGCAGUAAGAGCCUGUGCUUCAUACCUUUCAAUGAUACACGCUCCUUUAUUGGCGGCUCACAGAGAGUGGCACCAGCUCUCCUCCUAUGAGAUGUCCAGCUCUGCGCUGUCAGUGCCGGAGAGCAGCUCUGAUUGGACGCUGCGCUUGCCAACAUUUACAGGCAGUGUUUGCUGACACUGGAAAUAGCCGCAUGUAGCUACCUGCCACUUCCUGGUCUGGAUGCAAAAUUUCAGUUUUACAGAUAAGAGGUGCAGCUGGGAGUCUGAUCAACACAAAAAAUGAUCAUGUAUGUGAUGAGAAGGCCUGAGAAAGAUGCAGAAGUCAAUGAGAGUCUAGGAAAAAAUGCACAUUCUCCUGAAAUCAUAGAAUCACAUGAAGCAGAUAGGAAAGCUGAUGCCUCCAGGGGAUUAGUUUAAUUAUAUUUACGGUCCUGUUUCCUGAAAUUCUGCUUGACAUGCUUUUUCCCUCAUAUCUUGUUGAUUUUCAUAUUUACUUGCACGCUUCUUUUGCCUUAAUUCCUUGAAUAUAUGUUGGAUAACAGCAUGUUGGCCUGCUUUGCACAGUUUGUGUCUGAACACAUCUCACUACAACUUAUUACUGCAGCCAUGUGCAUAAUCACUUCACGCUUUUCUCAUGUGUGACUAACUUUAGCGACCUUUAACCCUGACCACAUCUGAUGCUUUAUCAGCUGCAGGAGGAAAAUCAAGAGUUUUGACACUGUAAUCAAGAUUUGGCCUUCACAUGCGAUAUAUUUAUCAUCAAUAUACCUUUUUUUUUUUUUUCAUUUAAAGGAAAUAUUUUUGCUAACACUUUACUUGACGUCUAUCUCUAUAACGCAUUAUAAAUAUAUGUAUAACAUGUUAUAAUCACGUUAUAGCACUGUAUAACUAUAGUUACAAACACUCAUAAAUGAUCAUUAUGCUUUAUAGCAAUAAUCAUAACACAUUAUAAAGCAUUUUAUCAUGACUUACAAGGUCAGGUAUUAUAAUGUGUUAUAACUGUUAAUAACUCACUGACAAUGCCCACAUAGAUAAUGCAUUAUACACUUAUCUAUGACGUGUUAUAAUUUGCUUAUAAACUUGUAUAACUAUCAUUAUAAACUCUCAAUAAUUAUCAUAAGGCUUUAUAACAAUAAGCAUAACACAUUAUAAUGCCUGAUCUUGUAAGUCAUGAUAAAAUGCUUUUUGUCUUGUUGACCUUUCAUAACGUAAAUCAUAUUCUUCCUCUUAAAACUGAGAUCAAAUAUGAUGCAGUUUUUUAAAAGUGAAAAUACAGAUUUUUAACGAAAGCUAACCUUUAGGUAAAAACAUAUACAGCGCCCAGCAUAAGUGAGUACAACCCCUAUUAAAAGUAACGUAUUACUCAACAUCUAGAUGAACAAAAGUGCAGUUUUCAAAGUUUAGACAAAACUGAGUUCAACAUUACAUUUUUUUUACCAUAAGAUGAAAAUAAGGGUGAUAUUGCAACUAAAAUUUAGCUUUCCUCCCAGAACUUUGAUUGGGGUGUACUCAUUUUUGCAUCCUGAUUUUAAAUUGAAACAUAAAGCUUUAUAGCAAUAAUCAUAACACAUGAUGAAGCAUUUUAUCAUGACUUACAAGGACAGGUAUUACAAUGUGUUAUAACUAUUAACAACUCACUGAUAAUGCCCACAUAGGUAAUGCAUUAUACACAUAUUUAUGGCGUGUUAUAAUUUGCUUAUAAACUUGUAUAACUAUCAUUAUAAACACUCAUUAAUUAUCAUAAGGCUUUAUCACAAUAAGCAUAACAAAUUAUAAUACCUGAUCUUGUAAGUCAUGAUAAAAUGUUUUAAAAUAUGUUAUUUUUAUUGCCAUAAAGCAUCACAAUCAUUAAUGAGUGUUUAUAACUAUAGUUAUACAGUUCUUUAAUGUGAUUAUAUUGCGUUUUACAUAUAUUUACAAUGUGUUAUAUAGAGAGGUGUCAAGUAAAAUGUUACCAUAUUUUUUUUUUGUUACUACGAGGGAGAAUGAAUGAAAUUUGGUGGCAUAACAAAAAUAGUUGCAGUAGCAUACUGUAGAGGGAGCAUGGUGGUUUGAUGUGCACAAAGCGAGCCUCUGAAUUCACAGCAGAUUUCAAGUUUAUCAUGUACAGUGCCGAAAAGACCCGAGCAGGGCUGUGUGUUUCAUAGCUCUGUGCUCUGUGUACAUGUAAUGAAGGUGGGGUUUGGUGUGAUGUUGAUUCCAUCUUGGCUGUUCUGCAAUAAUUCAAGAGAGGAGGAGGAGGAGGAGGCGGGGUGGUGGGGAGGCACCAUUUUACUCCUCCAAUCCCCCUUCGCCAACACUGGAAUAUAAUCCGCUGUCUCCUGACCUUCAAAUCAUGCAGCGCUGCAGUCAUUUCAAUUGGCCUGGCCGCCAUUAGCGUGAAAUGUCCUCUAGCCACUCUGCUUCUGCGCAUGGAAGAUUUCCUUUCUCCCAGCAUGGUUUCCCCUCUUCCACUUUGCUCCUUCCCUCCAUCUUGCAUUCUCUCUAGCGUGCCCCCCUGAAGCCCGGUUGCGAUUGGAGGGUGGGAACCUCUCGCACUAAGGAAAUGAACCACCACAGGAGAUGCUGUUGGUCAAAAGGCGGAAUGAAAAACACUCAGUCCAUUAGACUCAGAUAUGUUUGUGUUACAGCGUGUUCCUUUUUGAAAACAAUGGAUUUUUUUUGGGCAAAUAUGCUACACAACAUCUCUGCACCAAAUAGAAAAAAAUCAAGUAACAUGCUAACAUGUGUGUUCUCAAAAUUUUUAUAUUUUUAUGUUUGAUUAUUAAAAUAUUGAUUAUUUUGUAGUUACAGAUUCAAGGACAACAUCUUCAAUCAUACUCGUAAUAUUUUUCUAAUGUGUAGUAUCAACGGCACGUAUCAUUCUGGACAGACUGACAGCUCGUCUGUGGUCACAGGGUUCGUUGGAGCGCACCCUCGGUCAAGUGCAUUGCAUCCUGGGAGCAGCCAGAGCCAUUCGUAUCAUCCUGUAAGGAAGCAAGAAGAUGUUCUGACGAGGGCGUAGAACUCACAUGCCAAAGCUCAGCAUGUGUUAUGUUGCGAGAAGAUAGAUCAAUUAUUGAAAGAGGACAUAUUUGAUAUGAUCUGAAUAUUAAAAAUAUAUCAGAGGGCAAACAACAUUCAUGGCUGUCUUCAGAUCUAUGCUGAGAGAUGUGUGUCAAACCUCUAGAGAGAUGCUUUAUUCAGAAGGGGUCAAGGGGUUCUCAGAAUGUUUGAUAGGAUGCAAGAAUAUUUUUAUUUUAUUUUUGUUGUUCAUUUAGAAAAAAAGUACUGAAAAAAAAUCAGCAGCACCUUUCAAAAUUAUGUUUAUUAUCAGCAUGCCUCAUAAAUUAUUAUUCUUCCAUAUUCAUAAUGACAGAUAAAUAUCCUCUGACCCAGAAUUCAUCACAAACACACAUCUCAACAGCUCUGUCUUAUUUUCUUCCUCUUUUCCAAAGGAUGUAGUUUUCCUGGUUGUGCACUGACUGAAUUUGGCUCGCCCUGUCGCUGCUUAUUAUGUUUCUGUACUAAUGACAGAUAGAAAUGUGUGCUUCUAUUUACAUAUAUCCACUGCAUGACCAUGUGCCAGCUUUUGAGAAAGACUGACCCAGGUGGCAGUGGCUAAAGUGAUGAGAUUUGUUUACAUAUAUAACCAUCGGUCUUACACACAUCCUAAUCUGCAGCCCUCCCUGAAGUCUAUUUCUCCCCACUGGUUGUUAUUACAUACACUGUAUGUAUUUAUGAUUAAUGACCCCACUGGGGUAUAUCCAUAAUGCUAUGACCUCAAGGUAAAAUUGAAAUGCAUGCACUGGAUGUAGAGCAUUCUUAUAUUAUUGCCCAAUAUACUUAGCAGCCAUUACAUUUGUUGGCAGUGGUGAAAAUAAAACAGGGGACUAUGGGGUUUCAAAUCAACAAGACCACUCUAAGAAAUGGACUUAUUGGAAUUGCAUUAAGUUGAUUAGACUGAGAAAUGAAUACUAUUUACAAUGGAGCAGUGUUAAACACUCUUGUUUCUCCCAGCUAUAGGAGUGCAUUGACAGUCAGUCAGCAUCAAUUAAAUCUCCUGAUCUGUAUAUCCUGAGAGGCCGGACUUGUUGUCUUCUAAUAAAGCCUGUCCGUGGCAGCAGAAUGUUUCAUUUCCUCUUGGAGAUUGCCCUCAGUAAUGCAGAGUGCUUAUCCUAGUCCUGGAAGAGGACUGCAACAACACAACGUUCUGAUGUUUGAUACCCAGAUCAACCUGAGGCCAGCGCUCACAGCACUUUAAAAACAGCAUUUGGAUCUGUUUUUAGGGCGGCACCAUGCUCAAUUAGACUCACAUAACCUUUUUUUAAAAUGGAGUUUCAACAUGAUUGUGUGUUGGGUUUAGAUUUUAUAAUCAUGUCCCGAUUUUUAAAGGGAAAGCAGACUUCUUUGGGUAUUUUAUGAGUAGUUUUACGUCUGUUGUGCAGAUGAAAAUGAAAAAUGGCGUCCGGGAAGGACAGGGUUGCGAGGGGGCCAAGCUGUCCCCGGCCAUUCAUUCUCUCUGCCCCCCCCCUGUCUAAUUAAUGGGCCACGUUCAUACACGUUAUUGCACCGGAGGGUCUGUCACUCAUUAAUCAAGUGACCUUCUGUGGCACAGUUAAUGACCUCUGAGGAGUAGAUCAGCUGGAGAUGGCCGAGACUGUGGAAUUAAAUUGUUUCUGGAAGUGGUCACGGUCACACCAGGCACUGUAACAGCCCCUCUGCUUUUCCUCCACCUCAGUCUGUGUCACACCCAUGGAUCCUGGCGUGCUGUGCCACAGGGCAGGGCCGGGGUUGGGAGAAUUUCAGACAGUAGGGCUCAGGAUUAGAGUGGGCAGGGGUUGGAACCAAUGUUGAACUUAAAUCACUCAGUUAUGACUUUAUUGGCUGAUUUCCCGCAUGACCACUGCCUGUCACUCUUCAAAUCACUCAUAAAAGAGCAAACUUGCUCCAACUUCUUCAAAAAAAAACUUCUCUCAUCAAAGUUGUGUGAAACAGCUCAAUAUUCAGAGGAAUUUUCAUUAGAGCGUAGUAACUGCAUGACCAACUUAAAACUCCAUCCUUAAUUAAAAUCAAAUGAAGUCUCACAUUAUAUUUUUGUCAUUUUGUCUGCAAAUUAACAGAAUUUUACCGCUUCCUGUUUCUCUUGAACAUGAUCGGUCAGUUUUUUGUUUGUUUACAUGCAGUUUGAAUUUCAUCGUCUGCCUUUUUAGAUGUAUUUGCAAAAUGAAUGUACACCUAUAUUAGUCAUGUUUAUUACUCACCUAUGCUAAAUGAUUCAGGAUGGUCAAAAUCCCACUCACAGUCCUGAUAGAUUCUGCUCAUAACCUGCCCAAACAAACGUUAAAGCAGUAGCUGUAAUCGGUGGUCAUUCACGAGGAUGUAGAAGUCAUAAAUGGUUGGGCUGGACAAUUUUGGAUAAUAAUCUAAUUGUGUUUUUUUUUUUUUUUUCUUAAAAUUGCAAUUUAAUAUGCCAUUAUUUUUUCUAAUGUAUUUUUCAUCAAACACAAACAAUCUCUCUGCCCACAAACUAUCACACACAGAUGCACACACCCUCAUAUACGUCAUGAUACUAAUCUACGUACCGAUGUCAAGAUGUAAUCGGUGCCAAAAACACUGAAGUCGGGUCUAUACAUUCAGCUGUGCUUCCAUCACCAUAUUGGAUGCGUUUUCAGUUGUUAUGUAGACAUGGUUUAAAGUUGAAGUGCUGGUCACUUGUGUUUUAGCCAUUAAACUGUCAUACGUAUCUUUGUUGCAUUUUUAAGUAUUGAUAAAGAUUCGUAGUGUUACCUCCUAAUGUAGCAACAGAAGCACAACAGGUUCUGCACACGUUGCGCGGCAGCAUCUUUUUUAGCCAGAAUAAAUCCACACAACUGAAGUACUGCUUCUCUUGAGUACUAAACUUUCAGCAGUGUCGGCUUCUGUAGCGAGGUUAGGUCAUAGAGCAACAGAGUGCAGUGUUGACUUCUCUCUUUAUCUGCUCUGCUGUGCACCACUCGCUCGCAAAUCAUGUGACCAGAUGACAUGACCAGUCAAUAUUGCAGCCUUUGCAGUAAGAAAAUCUCAUAUCAUACCGCGAUACCUCGGUUAGCUUACUUAACUUCCUCAGGAACCUGAGCAAUGAGCUAGCUGUCUUCUUCAGUGCCUGAAUAUAUGUUGUGAAAAUAAAUAUGUUGUUAGUUGCACAUGCCUCAGCAACAUUUAGCAAUUUGUAUAUGAUAUCAUCUAGUAAGGAAAGUUUUUCUCCUGUCCUGAUUAGAAACAAUAGGUAGUAUCCGAAUUAUCACUUGAAUCAAAGACAUGUUGUCCAUCAGAUUUAGAGGCCAAGAAUUGAACAAAACCCAGUGUAUAAAUAAUGGAUAUCACCUUAUUGAUAUCCCUACCAAAGGAUCGCGGCCCACAUCCACCAACUGACUUUCUGUCAGCCUGCGAGAGGUGAAAAUCCAGGCAUUACUUGAAGCUUUGUAACAUCAAAAUAGAUAAAUUGUAAAAUAAUUCACAGUUCCACAUGUGUGCCACAUUUCGACAUGCCCGGACAUUAGGGUGGUGACACAUAACACAUCAUAACAUAAUCUGUGAGAAUGUCUAUCUCUAAAUAAAACAAAGGACCAGGUACCACGCCGAGGGGUACUCCACAGUUUAUGAAAAGUGGCUGUAUAACUUCAGAUUGAAAGUACAUGAUACUGGUUUUUACUGUUUGAGAAAUUGUGCACAUGACUGUGAACAUAUGGUUGGAAAUAUGUGAUUUUUAAAUCUUGAAUUUGUCUUGAACCUUUUUGAUAGAAAGUCUGUUUUUUAUUGUUUUUGAAAUAUUUUUAUUCUUUUUUUCAAGAGAAACUAACAGUUCAACAUAAAGGGACUGUGAACAAAAAACAUUAAAAUAGAGGUGGUAACAAUAAGAAAAACAAACAAACAACAAAAGCAGACAAACAUUUAUAUAUUGCAGUUGCAUAAAUUGCAAAAGAAAAAAGAUUAAUACAUUAUGAUGAGCUAUGCAGCAAAUGUACACAUGAUGUGAAGUGGUAGAGGUGGAUAAAGAAAAGAGGGGAAUUAAAGCUUAUUUUUAAUUUAGUCCAUGAAUGGCUUCCAAAUUUUCUCAAAGUUAUCUGAAGAACCACAUACUGUGUAUCUCAACUAAAUAAAAGAAAUAAUCAAUAUUCCAUAUUGUUAUUCAAAAUUAGAUCAAAUUCAUCAGCAAUUAUCUGUUUUGUGAGAAAGACAGUCAUUUCCGCAUUCUGUCCAAAGUUUAAAUGAUGAUCGUGUUAUGCUCCCGUCUCCUUUUCACAAUCGCAGCAUUAAAAUGUUAGCUUUCUUCUCAGUGACAUUGAAAUGGAAGGAUUUUGUUUAUCCCUGCCUUUGUUUAUUUAACAUUUUGCUCAGCGGGGGAGUUUCAGAUAGAUUGUUUUCAAGACAGUCCCUGCAGACAGCGAGCAAACACUCUACAGCUUCAUCAAACAGAACAAUCUUCAACUUUCCCCUUUCUGCGGCGUGCAGGGAAAUGUGACUGAGAGGAACAUCAUAAUGGAAUAUGAUUGAAAUGAUCGUCAUAAUUUUGUCUGUCUGACUCUGUAACAGUAUGCAAGUGCUGUUUUUCAGAGGAUUUAUUUAGACCCAUGUGCAAGUUUACCAUUACACAGGGAGAAAAAAAACACGCUGAUGGAUGAAAACAUUUCAUUUUUAUGUAGCAAACAUUUGCGAGUUUUGUUAUUAAUGAAUUCACUCAUGUGUGAUGGAUGCUAGGUUUUUUUUUUUCUUUUUUCCCCCUCCGUCAAUAUGAAAGCAUCAACAGACUAACUUGAAAUUCAACCUGAAAUACAGAGAGGGAGCUAAAACAUUAUUGUGAGCUGGAAAGUGAGUUCACCUCUGUAUGAAAUGAGUUCUGAAUUGGGCUCAUUUUUACAUUUACAGCCAAGCGAGUUUUGAUUUCAGCAUGGUUGUUUUUUGUCAUUUGAAUACGUAUCUUAGAAAGGGGGAAAAAAUGAUCAUCUAAAAUAUCAGCUUCAGUUUUAGCACACUUAGCUUAGCACAGACAGUUACUGGAUUUUAAAAAUUAACUAAUCCAGGGCCCUCUAUCCUCUCUCUACAUCUUUCUUACCACUGUCAUCCCUCUAUCUCUCCUUCCACCAUCUUUCCCUCUCUUGCAAGUGCAGGCUUGAUUAAUAUUUUCCACUGUUCCGUAACCAUGGCAAUAAGGUCACUGCAUAUGAUACUUAAUUGAAUCUUCCCACUGCCUUUGUGUGCAUCUCCUGUGUCCGGACAAUAAAAAUCUUCCACUGAUGACUCCAACCCCCUUCCUUUUUUUUACUCCACUCCCUUCUGCCUUUCUUUUCAUUUUGUGCCCCAUGAAUUUAUUCAUAUGUUUCCUCUGCUGCCUCUAUCUUGCUCUCCCUUUCUUUACUGGCCUUUUUCUGACCUAGUCUACCUUGUCCCGUUUUUUUUUCUCUCCUCACAUGUCGUUCUCUCGCAUGCCUUGUCCUUCAGGAAGGAGCAGGCCAGUGUCAUUGUCGAGUAAAAAAAAGUCAGUUUCACUUUUUUUCUGACUUUUUUCUUUAUUUACACUUCUUGCCCUUUAAUGCCACCGUAUGUCCUCUUAUAUCGUUCCCCUUUUUUCAGCAUUUGCAUACUCAAAUCAGUCUCAGGCACACUUGUUAAAUAGAUUUCAAACAACACUGAUGAUUCAAGUGGUGAUACAAAGAGCGCGACACCCAGGGAGCCACCGGGACACAAAGUGAGCCCCUGACACCGGGUGCUCUCUGAGCAGGUGUUCUGAUUAACGCUCCACAAAUUGAGGUCCUCCAAGAUCUGGACAUGAGAGGGAGACACGUCCUUGCUUUACACAGCACAUGGACGAACACAUAAACACAUGCUGACUGCAGCUUUGUUCAUGGAGGCUUACACACGGGGAGGGGGGCACAGGGAGUAAACGCAGGAGAGAAGAGCUUCACAAAAAGGACAUACUGUUUACAUGCUUGGUCAAUGUUGGUUCUGAUUGUUGCUGCUUUUGAUUUUCCUCACUCAGUCUCAUAUACAAAAUCAGAAAGAAGAGAGGAAUAUUUUUGCUGUUUUUAUGAUUAUUUUUUGUGUCAUAACAAUCAUUUAACACCAAUGAAACCAGGAACGAUAGGCGGAUAAGCGACAUUGAGAAAAAAAAAAAAUACACACAUCAGAUUUGACAUAUGCACCAUAAAACAACCAUUAGCAGUUACCUACAAUUCGAAGUGACAGUCUAUCAAUAAUGUCACUCUGAAAAUAGGACAGGUUUGUUGCUGUCUUUAAAUCACCAGAGACUCAAUAUAGCAGAGAGCGGCAUGCAGAUAUAGAAAAUGCAUUAAGGCUGGAUGUUAAUGGGUUUGGUGGGAGCGGUGGGACACCCAGGGGCGCGGGAGGACAUCGCUCUCAUCUCACUGGGUCAUGGGCUUUAGACACCUGCCUGGCCUGCAGCUCAGUCCUGCACGACAACAAUGUACUGUAUGUUUCAGCAGAUCUGUUCAAUCUAGUUGUUUUUUGUUUUCUCUCAAAUUAGUUUUAAUCUGGUAUAAAGUUCUUUUUACCCUCUAGAUGAUGUAAUAUCUUGUUUUAUUGUUGUAAAAUACAUUUCUAUAUCUAGAGAUCCUAAAUUGUGCCUCAAAUUUUUACUUUUUUUUAAACACUUGGUCUACCAAAAUUCUGUGGUCUAACAAAAACUACUAGAACGACCAUACUCUGUCUUUAUUUGCACAUAACUUGGAUAAUCAACAUUAAACAACUGAUCAUAAAUUGGUGGAAUAGAUAAAAAACACAUCAGUAAACAAAAUGAGAAUCAUAAUGAAUGAGAUUUUUAAGAACCUCCCUCAAAAUACCAAGAUAAAUCAUUCCCUGAAUUUGCUCAUCCAUCGGAUUCUUCCUCAUCAAGACUCUGGAGCAAAGCUAAAGCCUCCAUACUAGUUGUCAUUUUUGAGUCUCUUGAGUUUUGAGUAAAGUUAUAGCAAGAUUUUAGCUUCACAGAAGCUUAAAAUACAAAACAAUGGAGCAGGAGAAAGAGCGGGAAAAUAAAGCAAAUAGUGAAAUAUAACACCCUAAGAAGCAUGCAGUUAAUUUGACUGUUCUGGUAGUUCAAGGUAGUAGUACUCAGAUCUCUUUUGUGUUUUGAAAGUAUAAUGAUAAAACAAUGUUAGAAUAAAACAUACACACAUUUAGGAAAAGUCAGGGUGUGACUGGUGUAUAGGUUUUAUUUUUAAAAAGUUAUGACAUUGACUCUAAAAUCCUGUUGAAUAUGCACAAAGCAAACCCUGUUGCCAACAAAAAAAAUAUGCAAACAGGCAUGCAAACAAGCAACAGCAAUUGCACUUGUAGAAAUGCGCGCACACACGCACACUGACACUCAUUCAGGAACCCAGCCCUUCCUCCCUUAAUGGGGCAUUUGUGUACAAUCAAACUUGGCGUUGCAUAUGAAUGGACUCUUUAAUGAAUGGGACAUGCAGGCAGUGUCUGCUAGCUUUGAAAGCCAAGAGCGGAGCACGCGUCUUUUCUAUUCCCAUGUUUAAUACGGGAGCACGUGCUGGCUAUAGUAUGCCCAUCUGCUCCUCACACUCGCCCCCUCAGACACCCGGUUUCUACCAUGUGCUGGCGUAACAGGCAGCCAUUGUAGCAACAAGUGUCUGCACAUUACCACGCUUGCCAGCUCCCCUCACUUGGCAGCGCGCCUGCUAAGCUGCCCGCCCCCUUUGGAGAAAAAAGACUUGAUUGUGCCAGGGGAGAGAGCUUAGGGGUCGACCGGGAAGAGGGGCAAGGAGGGGGAUUUGAUUUACAUACUGCUGUUUGGGGGGAGACUCGUCUGAUAUUAAACGGCUCUGAAGCAAUUAAGGGUCAUUAGUCCUUUUGUUUUCUGUUGUGGCACCGUGUAGCAGUGACGGCAUCUGGGCCACCGUGCCCCUGUGGGGGCUGCCUGUGGGAAUGUCUGUAUUAACAGGGUCUGUCUCCCACCCUUCCUCCCCAUUCAUGACUCUUACUCUGCCAUUGACACAGCUUCCCUCUGUGUGUAAACAAACACUCAGCACCAGCCUGGCACUGCAAGGAAAACCACUUUGGCAGAGACCCAGCUCUGGAGUGUGCAGCUGAUGACGGUGCAGGCUGCUUAUCCUAAUUAUCCCGAUCAUGACAACUGUUUGUUCAUGAGAUAUAAUUUGCAAAUUGGAAACAUUCAAUUAAAUUAGUUUGCACAAAGACAUGUUUUUAACACAGUGUUGAUUGUAAUGUCUUCAUCUGAACGAAGCUCUUACUUAUUUUAACGAUUUCAUGAUGGCGAAUGAAUGCACUGUCAGUAUUUAACACAUAUUUUUCCACCUUUAAUAGUUGCAGCAAUCAUUUUUCUUUCAUCACAUUUGCUUAAACUCCCUCAAAAAGAAAAAUAAAUCACAUAAACUAUUCAAAUCAUCCUUCUGGAUAUAAUAAAGAGUAUGUGUGAUCAUGCAGGUAUUUAAGCUAUGAUACAGAGAAUAACACCGCCUCAAGGUCAGCUGCUCAACUGUAAUGACGGCUGAGAUAUAUUCUUCCAUAUGCUUAUGUUUGUAUCCUCCAUUAUUCACCUAGCAGGCAGCGCAGUGUUAAGCACCCCUGCCUCUGUGAAAAGGCAUCAAAGGCAGCAAAAAGACAGGUGUGGUAUAGAAUGUGAAUGCUCACGUGUCCAUUUGUGUGGCUGUAAGACCCUCCGCAGUUGGUAUAGAAAAACACUUACUGCUAAUGUAAAUAGCAAGGCAGCAUAAAUCAGGAGCCCCGUGCAGCCCGGGAGAAUAUCGUGUAAUAGUUAUUGCAAAAUGAAGUGGCAUUGGGAUCAAUAUCCCACUAUAUCUCACUCUGGCGUAAUGGCGCAGAGGGAAGCUGGAGGCCAAGGGAGUCCGGUCCCUCCACCCCACUACAGGCCUAUAAAUCUGCCUGACCUGCAGCGCGCUUAUUAAAGUGCAUACACAAUCAGCAGCAGCCAUCCAAAAAUACAAGCUUACUUACUGACCUGGAGUCAGGGGAAUGGAUGCCUCUACCUUGUCUCAGGGCAGGGGUUAAAGGCUGAUUGAGGCUAUAACAUCUUCACACUGUGCUGUACUGACAAAUAACAGGAACAUGUUGGUUUUAGCCCAGCAUUCAUAAUAUCAUCUAAAAAGAAGGCUGAGUGUUUUAUCUACAAAAGAAAUUCUUGUUUUUUACUUUUUUAUUGUUAGAAAACUCCUUUUGUAGGUUUUCAGUUUUUUUUUUUCUUCAGGUCAAAGUUUCUUAAGGUAAAGUUUCUGUUCUGCAAUCGUAAAAGCAGGCAUGCUUUCUGAACUGCGGUUUAUUUACUACAGAGGAAAUAUAUUGUACAUUCAAUUAAAAAGGAGAUCAUUUUAAGAAUGAGAUGUCUCAACUUUAAAUGUAACUGUUUAAAUAAAGUUUGAAUGUUUUGACUGUACGGUCACAACUAGAGGUAGUAAUCAGUAAGGAUGGGCGAUAUGGGUGAUAACGAUAAAAUUCCCGAUAAGAAAAUAUUAUAACUCUAAUCUAUGUUUUUGACUCAUUUUGUCUUGAGAACACUAGUUGGAGUCAUCAAAUAAGAUACUUAACCAUAAGUUUGGUUGGUAGGUUAUUAAGAAAACCAAUGAUAUCAAACAAGUCUCAAAUGUGAAAACAUUUUCAACAUUUGUUAAAAACGCUUAUUGCACAGAGUGAACAGCAGCAGAUCUACUGUCCGAUGUCAGGCAUACCUGAUUGCACUCAUCUAAACCCCAAUCUUGAAGGAAAUCUCUCAUGUCAAUCAAUCAACAGUCGUAAACCCAAGACGCUUUCCAAAGAAAAAGAGCAGGUCUAGACCACGCUUAUUGUUUGAUGAAUUGUCAAGACCCAACCUUGAGAUGGGACAGAUUUGGCGUGGAUUUCAUGUGGAGCCUCAUUUGGUCAUGAGCUGCUCAGAAACGUCCUCUUCGUUACCUUCGUCCAUGUUUGUUUGUUUGUUAUUCUGCUCUGUGUGGGCUAUGGCUGCGAGUCCGUUGCUAGCACUUACAUCUUCAACUUGUAUUUAUCGUAUUUGUCAUGAGAUGGCAAAUAUUUAUCUUAGAGGAUUUUUCUGACGAUAUAUCAUUAACGAUAAUUUAUCACCCAUCCCUCAUACUCAGAAACGAACCUGGUAUUAGAUGUUGGUGUUUGAGUGGAGUAAGAAUUCUUUUAGGAAUUCUUUUCAGAAGUUUUUUUGGAAGUACAUGGCAGCAUCUAAGACUGGGCUGGCCCGGUGGGUUAUUUCCACUGAAUUGUUUGACUCAGAAUUUGAAAAACCGACAUUUAAUUUAUCCUGGAGUCUGUUUUUGUUUAAUUUUUUAAGGUGUUGUGAAUGAUGUACAAAAGGUUUGUGCUUUUAUUUACAUGCACACAUUUUCUGGAAAAUAACCUUUUCUGUGAGAGUUGAUGUAUUCAGCGCAUGUCUUUGCAGUGUGCUUUUCUUAUCCUCAGGUAGUAAUAUAACUUCAUAACAAACAGCACAAAGCCGGUCGCAGAAAUGUGCACAUAAUAACAAUAUGAUGAUAAUGGCCAGCUGUGAUUUGGGAGAUUAUUCAGGGUUUAUCCAUUCAUAUGUAAGAUCUUGUUGCAAGCCUUGGGGCACAUUUUAUUGGUCAGUAAGAUGGAUGUUUACAAAAUGCUACGAAUUCUCAUCGUGAUAAACCAACAUGAAGAGUGAGACCUGUGGUUCACUCUUGUUUUCUUACAGACAGCUGUUUGAAGGAUGUAACGUGUGUUUGAAGACUGUGGACACUGAUGUUCUUCUCUUGUGUUUCGCAGGACUGUGAAGGAAGAAGCUCUCCUCGGCUUCACAGUUG